AUAUAUAUAUAUAUAUAUAUAUAUAUCAGAACGGGACAAAAAUGCUUCAGAGCUAAAAGGGUAGCUAAUAGCUCAAGGUAAUUGAUUAGGCGCUUGCGUUGUCCUAGCGUCCACACCCCUCUCACUGCUGCGCCCUUGUUCUCUCCACGGGAGAAGAGCUGACAUGCAAGAUGGAGUUAUCGUCAGCCUCCUCAGCUGAGUCCAGUGUUUGAGCAGCACUACAGCGAUCAUGGAUGCCAUCAUGCCUGCCAGCUGUAAAAUCGUCCAGAAAUACAGUUUGCGUCCCAACUGAAAUUGUGCAAGAUAGCAGCGAAACGCAGCCACCCUGCAUUCUGACGGAAGUGCUCAGCUUGAAACGGAGCAUAUUUCCAGCCCGAGAAAUGAUACCUGUUGACUCGGAGUCAGUGAACUUUAUGUAAAUUUACUGAAAAGCCCAGUGUUUGGAUGUGCGGUAGGGUGAAUGACAGUUGAGCCGCUGCUCGCUCUCUGGAGCUCGCAAUUAGUGCCCAAUUGUCAGGCUAAGAUGUGAACACCUUUCUCCCGUAGCGGAGCCAAUGCCACCUCGACCCAUUUGGUGAAUGUUCAGGGGGCGAGUGAUAAGCCAAAUGGCAGCACCAGGUAAUUCGUAGGCUAUGCCCUCUAAUGCAAACCUUAGAAACUGCCUGUAGUCCUGAUGAUUCGCUACAUGAAAGUAAGCAUCUGUCAGAUCGAUAGUUGUAAACCAAUCUCCCGGUCUGGUCACGCCCAGUAGCUGUCUGAGUGUAAGCAUCUUGAACCUGUAACUCGUAGGUAUUCGUUUAACACUCACAAGUCUAGAAUAGGACAGAGCCCUCCUUUCUCUUUACUGAACAAUGAAAUAGCAGCUGUAUCAGCCUUUGUUCGUUUCCGAAGUGGGAACAACUCGUAUCGCUCUCUUGUUCAACAAGUUGUUUAUUUCUUCCCUCAGCACUGCUGCUGCUUCUUCUGCUACAACUGUGUGUAUUACAGAGUGGAAGCGAGGCGGCCGGGCCCUGAUUUGUAAGCGGUAGUCCAUGGCAACAGUUGUCUCUACCCAUGGUGAGACUGCACACGCGUGCCACAGAGGGAGAUGAACAGUCAGUCGACUGACCUCCAGCACUGUGGGGGAGGGGUUGUUGCCCUCUAGCGGCCAGCAGAGAACAGCAACACUUUCCCGCCUAGACUUGACUGAUUUAUGAUGUUUUGAGAACAAAACAAAACCUUUAUUUGACUCGACAAAUGCACAUUUGUAACAUUCACACAGUGAAUAACAGACGCCAUUAUUGGGGCGUGUGUGUGAGCGAGGUUUUGUGCUUGGGAGACUGUGUUAGGGGAUUGCAGCACCUCUCGGGACCGGACCCCUGAAUAAACUUUAAACAUGGCCUCUUUGGUGGCAAAAACUGAAGGGCGGAAGUGUCUCCGUGCUUUUGGGCCCCUCUCGAAUGGAUCCCAAAGCUUGGAUGACUGCUGCUUCUUCCUCCUGGGCACUGGGCCCUUCUGGAGGCCUGGUGGCGGACCGAGGGGCGUGGGUUCUGACCGGGUACAUGCUGCUUCACCAGCUGGGGCCCAAAACUAGCAGGCGCUACAGUCCUCUUGGGAGGAGGCGCCGGUGACGUCUGGGGAUGAUGCUGCUCAAAGCUUUGGUUUGUUUCUUCCUCAGCUCGAACUUAGCCUGAAUGGCGUUGAGGGACUGCCCAAACAAACUGCUGGCCAACACAGGCUCGUCAAGAUAAACUGCUCUGUCCCUCUCCAGAACGUCGGACAGAGUCAGCCACAGGUGCCUCUGCGCCACCACUGUGGAGGCCAUGCCUCUACCUAGAGAGAGCGCUGCAAAGCGGGACACACGGAGAAUGUAAUCUGUGGCGACUCUAACUUCAUUGAGGAGAGGAGAAAGCAAAAUGUCAGGAGGCAUACAUGAGCCAAGUUCUACCAGACACAUGGCUUGAUAUGUCUGAAGCAUGGUGACAGAGCUCAGUGCACAAGCCGCACUUGCCUGUGUCCUGUAAAUCUUGUCCAGCUGUGACGCUGAAAACCUGCAGUGCUUGGAUGGGAGCGCGCCGGGGCCAGAUAGGCUGCCAGGGACGCCUCCAUAGGCGAAGGGUUCACCAAACCAGCUUUUUCAGCUCCAUCCAGGUCCAGAAACUGUCCACAAUCGGGCACUGUGGCGCGGGUGGACAGCAGCUUGCUCCAUGUUGAAGUUAGUUCCGCAACAAAAUCCGGGAACAUAGGCAAACUGUUCUUAACAGUAGUCGGUUCGGGUGCUCCCUGGACUCGGAGAGGAGGGGAUCGUGCAGCGCAAUAGCAGUCUUUCCUAAUAUUCACUCCACAAACUUGACUUGCCUUUCCAGGUUUGAGCUCCAAAGCCGGCGACAGGACUCACACGACUUGGGCUCAGUCAGCGCCCUCCUGGCGUGGACAACCCCCAGGCAAACAGGGCAAGCCUCAUGGAGCUCUUUCUCAUGAAGGAAGAAGCCACACCCCUGAGGACAGGGGCAAACAGAAGACUUCGCCUUCACUUUCUUAGGCUCAGCGCUCAUAACAAGACACAGAAGCUGAACAAAAUUAGCGCUCCGCGGGUAGCCGCAGGCCAACACAAACAGGGGCAGUUGAGCUAAGAUCAAUCAGGCAACAGCCACAGCCAAGACCAAGCUAAGCUAGCAGCAGCUAGUUAGCCCAACUCAGUGGAGGUGUUCUCAGCGAGGUGAAGAGCGUAAGAACUGAAGGAGGACUGUAAUGUUACACAUAUAUAUGUGCAGGUGGAGCCUCCCAGACAUCACCACAGAUCAUCUGCCAUAUAGGCGUAAAUAAAGGUGUCUUCAGUCAGGAGACACGGGGGCAUAAUAUCCCAUACUAUAUGUGUUGUACUGAGUGAACCGACUGUAAGGGAAAUCUUCAAUACAGCAGCAACCGUAUAGCAGCCGCUACGACAGCUUAAAAGCAGAGAAAAACUAACGUUGGCAUCGGGCUAAUACGUGCUACAAAAGUAGCUAAACUGGGGAACAUUACAUUUUUUCGGAAAUCCACCAGAUCCACCAAAGCAAGACAAAUAAUUACCCUUCCAACAGAAACAAAGCAACUGCUCUGUUGUCUCCACCGCUCAAAGGCUGCCCUGAUGUUGUCUCUGGUUUGUCCUCUUGCUUUAUCCAGAGCCUUCUUCGUCACAGCCUCUAUCUUUAUCUUCUUUGGCUGUGUAGCCAGCUGAGCUAUCACGGGUACCGCUGGAACUUGUGUUUGAGGCUGCUUUGUUUCUGCCAUUGUAAAAUGCUCACAUAUUCUCUAGCUAACAAGGUAUUUAGGCAGAGGAGUGUUCUUGCUAUCUGCGGCAACAGCAAAGCCAUGCGUGUGCCCACGGGUGAGGAGGGUGGGGUGGAGGGUAGAGGGGAGCGGGCAGUGCAGAGCAAGACAUGAAGGCAUCUGAUUGGUUCUUAACAUUCGGACCGAAUGAAAUGAUUGGUCAAGAUGCCAUAUUGUUUGCAAGUUCUCUCUGACACAAUUGCAACUAGAAAAGCACUCUGAGAGCGCAAGCAGCUCACAGUAUCCGGAAUUUUGUCUGGAUCAGGAUCAACCUUUGACACCUCAUAAAACUCAUUGAGAUCCUUUUGUGUAAUUUUUUUACUAAAGACUCUGGCCAUUUUUAUAGAAUUAAAUGCAAAAAUUCCAAAAUUUAACCUAUCUCACAAUGAUAAAGAACCCUUCAAAAAAUUCCUGGAUCCAGACGGCGAUCCGGAUCACCACCAAAAUGUAAUGGGAUCCUCCUGGGGCUGAGAUGCACCUCUGGUGAAAAUUUCAGGUCACACCAAAACUUUUACUGUUACGUGUAUUUUAUUAACUUUUACUUGUGUUUAAACUGGUAUGUUCACUGUUCAUAAUGUUCCUAAAACAACAAAGCUCAUAUUAGAUACAUAAAUGCAUGAUUUAUUAUGCAAUAUUUGUAAGUGUACACUUCCUUGUAUCUUCAUUGGUUAUCUUUCCAUUUUAAUUUUCUACAGCUUAUUCCGGUUCCCAGGGUCGCGGGGGGGCUGGAGCCUAUCCCAGCAUCUUUGUGUGAAGGCAGGGGACACCCUGGACAAAUCGCCAGUUCAUUGCAGGGCUGACAUAUAGAGACAAACAACCAUCCACGCUCACAUUCACACCUUUGGGCAAUUUGGAAGUGGCCAAUUAACCUAACCCCACUUAGGCAUGAUUUUGGGACGUGGGAGGAAAACGGAGUACCUGGGGUAAACCCACGCAGACACAGGGAGAACAUGCAAACUCCACACAGAAAUGCCCUGACCCGGAUUCAAACCCAGGACCUUCUUGCUGUGAGGCGACAGUGCUAACCACUACACCACUGUGCCGCCAAUCUACACCACUGUGCCGACUCUAGCCACUUUUAUAGAGUUAAAUGCAAAAAUUCCAAUAUUUGCCCUAUCUCACAAUGAUAAAGAAUCCUUCAAAAAAUUCCUGGAUCCAGAAGGCGAUCCGGAUCACCACCAAAAUGUAAUGGGAUCCUCCUGGGGCUGAGACGCACCUCUGGUGAAAAUUUCAGGUCAAUCCGUCCGUAACUUUCUCUGUAAAGUUGCUAACAGACAAACAAACAAACCAACGCUACUGAAAACAUACCCUCCUUGGCGGAGGUAAUAAAAUGUCAUUUCAUUGAAAAAUCGCUCUGUCUUUGAUUGCAUCAAAAUCAGAAAAACGCUUGCUGUUAUAUCCAUGAAUUUCACUCAGUUUACCAGGUUGUUUUGUUUUAUUAGAUGUUUCUAAUGUCAGAAGCAGGGUCGUAAUGUUUGCCAAUUGUUUUGCUGAUUCGUGCAGUUCACAGCACAACAGCUCCUUGUCAUUUUCUUUCUUCGUUGACUCUGCUAGUAAACAAAUAAGAAAUGUCCCGCUUUCUGCCCCAAGGCUGCCCGCACAUACCUGCAAUGACAUUGCACAGAAACCCGUCUAUAACUUUAAAUAUUACACUCUAGUAGGGUGACCAUUGGUCCUCUUUUACCUGGACAUGUCCUCUUUUGGGGGGCUGUCCGGCCUGUGCGGGGGGAGUUUAUAAAAUCCCUCAAAUGUCCAGGGUUUUGUAUGGAAGCCCAAUUUUUUUUCACUGGCGGAAACAGACUUCCAUAGUUUUGAGUUUGUGUAGUGUGUAUAUCUUUGCAUCACAGACCAUUUUAUUUAUCAUACACGUUCAAUAGUUGAUUUUUGAAACACACGCUGAGAGGCGGAGUUCCACGCUGAUUAUGAAAUUCUUUCAUCAUUCAUUAUAAAACAGAGCAGCGCAUCAGUGCUCUCUGCUGCUCUGCCCCUCUGCUCAGUUCUAAGCAGAGCCACUGACGUGACGCAUGCAUGCACUAUCAGCCAGUGAGCGAAAGUAAAGGGAGAAAUAUUUGUAUGUGACUGAUAAUUUUGUUAAGGAGGAAUGCUUUAGAUAAUAUAUUGUUUAUGAAUGUAACUUUGAGUAUUUUUCAGUAUCUCCAAGAGGCCUGGUUAAAGGUGGGGUAGGCAGGAAUCUGUUAAAGAAGCAUCUUUUUCUGUGGUGUAUAUACUAAAAAGCUUUAAAUAUCAGUCAACACCUAUUAGUUAUUGAUGACCUUUGGGAAUAUCACGAUAUCACUGUGUUUUGUUAUGUCUGUGUAGUCAACAUUUUAAAAUUACAGAGCGCUGACUGUAAACAAAGCCAUUCCCCGCCUCCCCCUUCCUGAUUUGUUGUGAGGCGGGCGCUGCUCCUUAGUGCUGAUUGGUUGGAUGCUGCUCCCUCAUGUUGUGAGGCAGACACUGCUCCCCCAUGUCGUUCAGGAGCCCAAACAAAGUUAGCAUGCCAUAAUAUCAGACAGUAGAAACCAAUCAGAAAGUACAGAAAAUUGUCUGAAUCCUUCUUUAGCCACAACCACCAACACAAGCAAGAAAACGAACUAAAUACCAAAGACUCUGGAGGAAGACCGGGAGAUUUUUUGUUUUUAUUAUCAUGUGAUUGACUUAAUAUGCAAACUGAGCACUUCAGAAUUCGGCCCUUUAAAAUGACACUUGGACGGUCAGGAAAUCCUCCUGGCUGCUUCGCUGACGAGAACCAAUCAUAGGCCAAACUGCGUUGCAUUAUUCCAAUCAUGCGCACACUCUUCACGUGUACUUGGAGUGCUUGCAGAGCCUGUGGUAGCAUUGCAAAGCUGCGAGAACGAGAAGCAGGACUUAUCUACGCCGGUGUUGUGUCGUAGAAUGCACCCCUGCCGUAGAAUGCCCCCCCUAACGGGAGCGCGGUUAAAAGUACAUAACAAGGCAAAAUAAUCCAAGUUUUCCUUACCGUUGGACGGAUUCAAAAGCGUGUGCUUUUAAUGAUUUCAUUCAGGUUAUUCAGAUUAGCCGAAAACAACAGCCCUCUGAUCCAGAAUAUUUGCUGUCCUGAAAGUAUAUUGUUUUCUACCUUGAUGUCUUACUGUACAGUUUAUAUACCCAAGUACACCUCAAUAUGUGCAUUUUGGAGACACAUUAAAACAGAACGGAAGUUUGCUAGUAGUCAUGAUCCAAAUACUCGUGUCUUUGUAAAUUAUGAGCUCAUUUUCUUCCACUUAAGAAGCUAAUGAGUGGAUGGGAUGCAGGGAUGCAUUCUACGGCACAACACCCGGGAUAAGGCAGACCAGAGUGUAGCAUAUACAUUUACCUGCAUUUACCAGCAGAUUGAAUUUGGUGAGAAAUGGUUUCAAUCGUUUUCAUAUUUUGUGGUAUAACAAAUUACUGCCGUUCGCUACAGCUUGCGUUGAACACUGCCAGAGCUAGCCAAACCUCCAGUGAAAAAAUAGCUCCCGUUUGCUUGAUAUUAAGUUAGCGUCAAGCUUGUGUAGUUAAUGGUAACAUAAAAGAAGAAACACAAGCUUCUUUCUAAUAUCUCUGUAAUUGGUAUUUCGGGGACGUGUGAGGAUAAUAUUCGGGUGAGGGGCUGAAAAGGCUGAAGGUGAAGUGGUAAAUUCUAGAACUUGUCCUAUGCUUUGGCCCAUGCUUGAUGCCUUUUGUGACAAAAUAAAAACAUGUGAACCCAGGUCUUUUUAACGCUCCUUUUUGCUGCUAAUGUUAUUCAUUGAUUCAUUAAAACGUAAUGGUUUUGAGUCAUCUAAAAUAGCUGUAGGAGCCAGAUUGGGGUUUUUCAGUUUAUUGUUAUGUAUUUUUUUUGCCAACAGAUGGUGCUAUUGUGCCUGUCUAUUUAAUGGGUGGGUUGAUUAGGACAGGUGCGCACACCUGGGAAGCCGAACAGUUUUUUGACCGUGUCAAGUGGUUUUGUGUCUUGUCUUACAUCAAAUAAUGAAUGAGUAAAUAAAUAAAAAAAAACAGAAGAUAUGGACGGUGUGACAUGUGACAUUAUUCCACAUACGGGCACGCGUCAACUCAAGCAAAAAGGUGUUCGCCACAAGUAACAGCAUUGGAAAGCUGUUAUAAUAGCGAAAGCGGGCGUCUCGCGUUUACUGCUCUGGCUCCAUCCGGUGACAAUUUUUCUUCAGCGCGACAUUAGCGUGAGAGAAGACAACAGGGAAGAGUGUGUCACGAAAGGCUUGCCGUGUGUUUAGACCACAAGCUACUAAAGCUGUUGUGUAAAUCGCUAUGUUGCUAUUAUUUUUAUAUGGCUGUCAAGAAACUGGGAGUGCUCAGCAGGCAAAGAAGCAGGCUGCUAAAAGUGAGAAGCAGGCAAGGCUGAGGCAUGUGGCCACUCAGCGUAAAAGGCCAUGGAGACUGUGGCGGCCCAGGCAAAAAGAAAAAAGAAAAAGUGAUCAAUUGGACUUGGUAUUGGAUCUAUUGGAAUUGCAUGUAUUGUUCUCCAGUCUGGCAGGGCAUACAUUGAUCUAAAGUGCAGGAUAUUAAGUCUUUAUUUUUUUUAUUCUGUUUUGUUUUUCUCUUUAAAUUAUUAUUGUUCAUAUGGCCUUGUACAAACAGUUUUGAACACCUCUCUCAGACUCAUCUAACUCAUUUAGCAAAGUAAACUUUGUUUCUAAAUAAAACAUGGCCAGCACAAGAUGCAUGUGAUGUGUGUGUGUGUGUGUGUGUGUGUGUGUGUGUGUGUGUGUGAGAGAGAGAGAGAGAGAGAGAGAGAGAGAGAGAGAGAGAGAGGGAGACUUGGAGUGUCACUGAAACACAGUGUGGGUGGACAGAGCUCAAUAUUUUGUUGGGUUGUACAGUGUACUGGAACGUAGUUCACCCUUCUCACCUUUUCAACCCCUGACCCAUUUUCAUGCCUGAAUGCUAUUUACUUUCAUGUUGACUGGGCUCCAUUUGUAAUUAUCUUAAGUAUUUACCUGCAUUGUAUCUGAAUUUAAUUGGAACGAUACGAGUGAACAGGGGUGUCUUUUGUGGGUGGGGUUUGCUGGAGCAGAGACAGAGGGGAGAGGAGGAGCUGAGGGGAAAACUGAUUGGGUGGGGUAGUGUUUACAUUCAAGAUUUCUUCCCAAAACUGGCACACUCAGAUCCUGCCUACCCUAACUUUAAGUGUCCUUUUGUUAUUUCAGAAUAAAUGUUUAACUGAGUAAGAAGAAUGUAAAAAACAUCCCACCUGACCCGAAAAAUCAUCCAAAUUUUGCACGUCCAUGUGCACGUGCAACUCCGCUCCAUGUAGUAAUGUCCUCUUUUUGGGGAUUCAGAAAAUGGUCACCCUGCGCUUUAGUCCUUUAAAUACUACAUGCAGCAACUUUUAUUACUACACACUGUGACUAUGUAUUGCACUGUGACUUUAAAUACUACUUUGAAUUACACCUUGAUUAAUUUACUUGCUUAUCAUUUAUUUUGCUGGCUGGAAAGGAUCGCUUCUUAUGAGUAGAAGGAAAAAGAAGGAGUUGGUUUUUGAGACUGACUUAAAUAACAACCAUAGUCUUUGAAGUACCAUUUAUUUCUGGUUCUGGUCGCCUUGAUCCAUAGACAUAAUAAAGAGUAGACGCCGCUGGGAGUGCUGCGCAGCGAGAAAUAUGGCUGCCAUCUUGGUCCGGUCAAGCUUCCCAUACGCUCCGGUCAGUCAUAUUCAUUCAUUUAUUCAUUCAGCGAUGCCGGAGCACUGUGCAGCGUAUUCCUGUGCCAACAGGCGGACAGUAGAGAACAGGGCUCAAGGGAUAACUUUUCACAGGUAGGAUUAAACGUUUUUUCAACAUUACACUUGACUGUAGAGUCAUUUGGAGGCCAAGGAGGAAGACUAUCGGUCAACUCCAAAAAGGAAACAGCAUUUGCAAACAGCUGGCUUAUUCACAAUAAUAGCAACUUUGCUCUAUUAUCAACAGAUUGGCAUUAGAUUGAAAAACUUUUUUUUGAGAGAGGUUCUAAGAAACGUUAAGAAAUAAAAUAGAAAGAAGAAGGAAGAAAGUGAGCUCUGUUUUAUUAUCUGUUUUAUUAAAGAUUUCUUUGUGGUGAUCUCCUGUUUCAUUAUGAAGAUUUCCUAAGGACAAAAAAAUUGAGGAAGAAGUGGGAGAUUGCUGUAAGGAGGGAGAAAUUCACCUCUCUGAAGCUGCAGAAAGGGAGCACUAGGAAAAAAACACCAAAGCAGUCCUCUUUCAAGGCUUUUAGGGCCUGAGCAUAUUGAUUGAUUGAUUGAUAUGUAGUUUAGGUGCUGUCCUGUCAUGCUGUUCUUGUGUUUAAAUUGAAAGUGUGCAAUUUUUUUGAUAUGUAGGCUAUAUAUUUGUGUGUAUUUCUUUAUGUGUAUUUUCCAAUUAUUAAAAUAGUGCUUCUAUAUGACAUUAUUUGUGUGUAUCUACAAAUGGAUAAAUAAAAUAAACUAAAUAAAAUAUAAUCAAAUCAAUAUAUAUUGAAUUAGCCUAUUAAAACCGCCAGUUAUUAAUAAUUAUUGAGACGUAGCAGGAACCUAGCUCUAAACCUCGAUAUAUCCUUGAUUAAUUAUUAUAUUAUACGACAGCCACUGCUGCCAUGUUCUAAAGUAUCAUUUUAUUCAUUCUGAGUAUUUGAAAACGCCAAAAAAAAAAAUAUGGCCUCUAUCAUGCCUCUUUGAAUGACGUUUGCAGAGAAAAAAAUUGCGUAGUAUUGAGCGAACUAUGAUUCAUUUAAUGCGCUGAAACUUCAUUCCGCCGGUUAAAGAGCGGUGCAGAGUGAGGCGGAUGACCGGACCAAGACGGCGGCCGCAUUUCUCGACAGCACCCAUUCGUGGUAGCGGCCGAUGCGGGGUCUACUCUUUAUUACAGAAAGAGAGAGAGAACGCGAGAGAGAGAGAAAGCGAGAGUAUAUGGCCUUGAUCUGGCAAAAUCUGGUCGUGUUGUUUUUUCUUAGGCAGUCCACGGACAUACUCACGGGUCCAUUCUCUGCUGACGUCACUAGUGAGUAGAAACCUAGCGAUAAUAUACGUAGACGUCUCAUUACGUGUUGGAGCAUAAUCCAGCAUCGCCGCCGCCGCCACAUUGGAUGGGUCUCCUUACGUUAGGCUCGCCCCAGCAUAGAUAUCAUAUAUGGCUGGAUGCCUCCAAGAGGGCGGCGGCAUUGACGUAUUCGCUGGCCUUGUCUUAUAUGUGUCGUGAUGGAUCUAAUGUUGAUAUCUUUGCGCAAUAGAGCUAACCGGAGUUAACAGGGAACGGCCAAUAUGCGGUCAUUUGUGCAGCCUACAGUUGCAACAACCGGUCACAAAAAAGAUAAGACUACUAGUGGGAGGUCUGCCCACUCUUUAGAUAUAUAUAUAUAUAUAUAUAUAUAUAUCUGCUGGUUGUGAAAAAUAAAACCGUGUGAAAAUCGGGCAAAAAUUCGGAGAGUUUAGAUUUGUAUAGUUGAGCAUACCUCCCUUCCUCAACAGAAGUAAAUGUACUGGGAGCUCAUAGGGGACCCAUCGAAGAUGGUGGCCGCGCAGAUAACUCAGCGCCAGUGCCAGUCAAUGAGACGUCUACGUAUAUUAUGUCUAUGAUUUGGAAACUGUAGCUUAAACUUCGUUAAGUAUUAUCGUUGUUUUGAGAAAUUACUGUUUGCUCAUGUUUACCGAUGAGAAGUUCGCAUUCCAAGCCUCAGGAUGGCUCCAACUGAUCAACCACCAAAUUAAAAGGUGAGUGUGAUUUCAUUCUGCUCGUCUCCUGAACAAAGCGGCAUGUUAGCCUGUUAAUACGAAUGCGCUGUAAUUAGCCCCGCUAACCAAACUCCUGUUAAACAUCUCUUAGAUUAAGACUCACUUUUGUUUACGGCUAAAAGUUUUCUUAGAACAGGCAUAGUAAAGGGGUUUAUUGACCAGAAGGCUAAUUGAAUAAAUUCGGCUCAUAAAAACCUUAAGAUAAAGACUGUAAUGUCAACAAAAUCACAACUUUAGUGGUUGUUGUUCAGCUCCUCGUCGCUUCUUAAUUCAACGGUUUCUCCAUAGGGAGACGGUUUAAAGAGGGAUAUUUGAGCUGUAUAAUGUUAUUGUUUGGUAAAUCGGUCUUGAGACUCCAUUAUAAGUACUUAAAAUCUGCUACUAGCCCUGAUCGGACAGUCACAGUUUUUUUUUCUUUCCUGAGAUGAUUUUAGUAGUUUUAGUCCACCUUAAAUGGGCUCAGGUCCAGAGGAGCCUCUAAUGUUUGAGCUCAAAACCAUGAGCUCAAAAUCACCCAAAAAAGUACCAUGCAGUCGUUUCCACUCCAGGGUCCUGUCUGUUUUUAGUGCAGUGCUGCCUGAGGACGUGGGAUCAGGACCAUCCAGUCAUGGUACGGGUCCUUGGCCCUUUAGUACGGAGAUUUCUUCAUAUUCUCUGAAUAUUUGAAGGAUAUUGUGUACUGUAGAUGACAAACUUGAAUCAUUCUUUCACAUCUAUUAGUUCACACAGUCUCUCAAAGAGGUGAACCAUGUCCUAUCUUGCCUUCAGUGCCUGAGACUCAGCCUCUAUCAAUGUCUUCUUUAUAUUCAGUCAUGUUACUUACCUGUUGGAAAUUAACCUCAUGAGUUGGAAAUGUUCCUCCAGGCUUUUUUUGGCAUUGCACAUGUUUUUACCUGUUUGGCUGUUUCUCUGUUACAAAUUUAACCUAUUUGAUUGUUCUUCAAUAAGAACUCUUGACCUGUUUUGCUGUUCCUCUAUAAAAACUUUUGACCUGUUUGGUUGUUCCUCUAUGAGAACCUUUGACCUGUUUGAUCUGUUUUUUCAGCUUAGCAGCUCUUAUGAAACUAUGAUAUAUGGGUUAUUCCAUGAAAUCAGUGCCCUUUCAGCUUAGAAAAUUUAAAAUUUAAACUAUAUUUAAGUGUUAAUUUUUAAGUACCCAGAAAUGAAAGAAUGUUUAAAAUCGCAGGAAAUGAUUUUGUGUCAUCUCAGGCUGUGUUAUUUCAUAUUUUAUAACCGUUUCUCUCCUGGCUGUUUUCAUAAUUUUGUCAACCCUGUUACUAACAUAAACUUAACAAAAUACAAUAUUUCUAAUUAGAAAUAUGCAAUAUAUGGUACAUAUAUUAGCAGUACUUUAGUCUCUCUUUCCAUUUAGAUUAUUUUAUUUUUUGGAUUUUUUUCUCCAAUUAGAUAUUUGUCAUUCAGAUGAUUAAAUAUACCCUAAUUUUGCAUGGCUUUCAUGUCUCACCAUAUAUCAGAUAUUUUUUAGAGGAGAAAUGUUGAAAAAUGGCCCAAUCUAAAAUAUAAUGUAAUUUAAAUUGUAAUGGUUAAUGUUGAAAGCCAAUUUGAGUUGUCAUUUUUUACAUUUUUGUCAAAUUAAUGACAACAGGAUUGACGUUAUGGUAACAGGGCUGACAAGAGUAACAGUAACUGGACACAAAGUAACUGGCUCUCCACCGGUGUAUCAAUCAAUCAAUCAAAAAAUUAUCUCAAUAAUGUUCACUUGAUGACCUAAAAAAAUAUAUAUUUUUAAAAGGUUAACCUUCAAAAAGCGUACAACGAGGGUAAACACUGUUCUAUGUCAUCCCUGUUACUCACAUGUCAAAUCCUGUUACUGUGGAAAGGUAACAGGGUUGACAGUAACAGGGUUGACAAUUUUAAGCUAAUCUGCCUGUGGCUAUCUUAAAUAGGUGCUAGCUUAAGUGCAAGCUAGGUACUCUGAAAGGUAAUUACUUGUAGAUAUUGAUUAUAUUUUGAGAAAUAGAAAAUUGUUUAGGUUUAUAUGUUAAAAAGUGGUAACAGGGUUGAUGUUGUAUGCUUGUCCGCCCUGGUUAAACCUUGAAAAAACAUCAAAAAUAGCACAUCAGAGAUGAGAGAAACUUAAUUGUUAUUGAGCUGUUAGUAUCCUGGCUCAGAGAGGAUGCAACCUCCUGUCAAUCAUGUCAAAUCUGGAAUGUGCUAUUAUUUUUUUAGGGUUUUUUAGUUAGGGUAACAUGGUUGACAUGAAAUCAGGGGAUGCCAAUAAAUUGGUAAAUAUUUACAAUGACUAACAUAUAUUAUUACCAAAAACACUGUUUAACAUUAAGAUCAUACUUAAAACAAUAUGUAAAUGUGAAAAUUUUAACAUUUUGCCAACAUCUUACAAAUUAAAAGUCCUGUAUACGUACAGCAAUAGUAGUGAGGGACAGGCCAAAAACCUCACCCUCAUCAGCAUAAAAGUAAUUUAUAUUAUUUAAAAUGAUUUUUAAUUGACUUUAAUUUGAUGUUAUAAUAAAGGAGAGAAGACAUGGUAAUGUUAUGUUUGUAAAUUACAUAUUAAUUUGUUGUUAUCAUAAUUUUAUGAAUGAUUAGUUCUUGGGGACGCAAAAGGCACCACUGUCAUGGAAUGACCCAUAUACUCUGUAAGGAGUUAGUGGAAUGAUCAUGCCAUAGUCUUUUAUCAUACCAGUGUUGUGUUAUUUCACCCUUUGAGUCAGCUGUGUUUCUGAUUCUUCCUUCUCAGCUUUAGGUCUGACUAAAUCAGACUCCUCUGGUCCAGCCAUGCCUCAGAAACCUCUAAAGAGUGGGCAGACCUCCCACUACAUCGAGCUGGGAGGGUAUCAGUACUGGCCUGUGCUGGUUCCUCGAGGUAUCAGGCUGUACACAUAUGAACAGAUCCCUGUGUUCAUGAGGGAGAACCCAUACAUCACAGAUGGAUACAGAGCCUACCUGCCCUCUAGACUCUGUAUCAAAAGGUGAGCAGCAGCAGGUUUCUUUCUGUUUUCUCUGAGACAGGUGAUCAUGUGAAACAAAAUAAAUGCUGUCUGUGGACAGAAACUGUAGACUCUGACCUUAGAAUUACAGGUUUUAUGUUUCAGUUUGUAGUUAAAGAUGAUUUUUAGGAACAGUAAUAUAUUUUCAUGUAAGUGAUAGUGUAUAAGGUGUUAACUCCUUCCUGCAGCCUCUUCAUCCUGUCCAAUGAGACAGUGAAUAUCUGGAGCCAUCUGCUGGGAUUCCUGCUCUUCUUCUGUGUUGGGGUGUACAACAUGUCCUCAGUGAUGCCCACUGUCGGCGCCUCCAGAGAGGACUACGUCAUCUAUUCCAUCGGACUUUUCUGUUUCCAGGUAUGAUAACCUGUCUUUGUUUGAUUCAGCCCCAACAGCUGCUGCCGACAGACCUUUUAAUCCUAUUUUUAAACUGGUUUACACAUUUUUUCUGUAAAAGCAGAACAGUAAAUCAGGAUUUUCGUGAUGAAUCUGUAACAUUACUGUACACCACUGUAUGUAACAUUACUGUGUGUUACUGUUAACAUCAGUAUUGUUUCUGUAUGGUACUCUAAAUGACUGUAUUGUUACUGUAAAUAACAGUAACGUUAGGGUGUGUUACUGUUAGUAACAGUAACAUUACUGUAUGCUACUAUAAAUAACAGUAACUUCACUGUUAUACUGUAAUAACAGUAAUGUCACUGUAAAUAUUGGAAACAUUACGAUACAUAACUAUAACAAUGUUGUUGCUGUACAUUACUUUAAAUCAGGGCAGUGUUACUAUAUGUCACUGGUAAUAAUGAUGAUGAUGUUGUAGGGAAACAAUUUUAAAAUUCCUGAUUAUUUUUUAAAAUUUGGUCAAAUAAGUGAAUCUGUCUAGUUUUAUUUGAUUUACUGUAAAAACGGUACUUUACUGCUCUUUUAAAUGUUUGGAAUAUUCACCAGAGUUUUGUGGUAAAAGUUUGAUAUUUCCAUUUAAAUGUAGAUUUCUUUCCAUGGACUCAGUUUGAAAAGCACUGCAGACUUGUAUUCAUUCUGCUGUUAAAUGAAUAAAAAACAUCCAGAGAUGGUUUGAAGGAUAUUUUCUUCUUGUUAUUUUUAUCCAAGGUUUCCUCAGCAGGUUUCAUUGAACAUCAUGUUUGUGUUCCUGGUUUAGUUUCAGCUCAGUCUCUCCUUGUGUUCAUCAAUGUGCUGAUUAUAAAUUAGCCAAAUCUCUUGGAGGCUGAAUGUGUGGUGGUUUCCUGGUGUUACCUUAAUCUGAGGGACAGCAGACCUCAUCCAAACAUUGGCAGUACCUCUCAACAAAUGAAUGAUAAUGGGUCCAGCAGUUGGCUGGUCUGAGCUUAACACAAGAGUCUGCAGGUCCAAAUGAGAAAUAAUGUUGCUGCUUGAAAAUGGUUGCAUUCAGACACUUCUCAGUAAAUCACCAAUAUUUUUUGUUUGUCAUCUCUGAUCACUCCUCUGUGUUUCAAAACCUGACUGUCCUCUGUCCUCCUCUUAGCUCUGCAUGCUGUGCUCUGUGGGUUAUCACCUGUUCUGCUGCCACCGCUCAGAGAAGACCAGCCGCCGCUGGAUGGCGCUGGACUAUGCUGGUGUGUCUAUCGGCAUCCUGGGCUGCUACGUCCCUGGAGUCUUCUAUACCUUCUACUGUAACAAUGUGAGUCACCCGCAGGCUGCGCACAAGGACCAAACAAGUGUUUCUGAGAAGGUGACCUCAGAGUCCAGAACUAUGAUUACAGAAACUUUACAAAAAAUUUGAUAAAAACUAGAGGUACGAUGUGUAGGAGGCAGUUUAAUGUGAGGAGGAGGUUUCAAACGUAAAGGUAACUCCAGGCAGUCAUCCAUCUUCAUCCACCAUGAGAAAAACUUUUCAGCAUUUAUGAGGUUACAUUGGAGAGGAAAAACCUCCUCUGACAGGCAGAGACCUGUCCAAACUGCUGUUAUAUACAAAUGCUUAUUGUUUUGUUUACUAUAUUACUGUAAAAUCCACUCAGAGUUUGUUGGCUGAAAGCUGCUGGACACACAGACUGAGUGUUUCUAAGACUGCAGGAGUUUUUCCGUCCCACAGAGAUGUUCAGAUCCAAUCCCCCAGAAACUAAUUUGGGAGGAUCAAUGGAGUUAUUUUAAGUGAAAUAGUCCUUUCUGUUGUUAGCUGACUGUCCAAGAUAGAUCUAACAUUGCUUUGGCCCAUUUAACUAAUCUGAGGUUGUAUCUGUGAUCAGUUGACCUUAAAAGGCCCAAUCAGAAUCCAGCUUUGACACAGAAAACCUGUAUGAAUGGAGUCUUCAGUAAAUCCAGAGGACUUGAUAGAGGACUCUGGUGGGUAAGCAGAAUUGAUCAUUGCAGUAAUAUUUAUCAUAAUAUCAGUAAAAAACAUAUCUGCUGCCUGAGAGCCGAGCUGCUGAAUCAGGAACCUGCAGCUCUUGGUGAAUCAGAUCAGACCGUAUUGAUCCUCUCGGGGAUGUGUUGGUGUCACAGGAGCAGAAAUAUGACAGAACGUGCUGAAAAAAUAGGGCUGCUUAAUAUCUCCCCUUUAAAAGGGACCUGCCAUCAAAAAUGUAAUUUUUGCAUGUUUGUGUGUCAGAUAUUAUGUUUGUCUUAUGUUGUAAAUGUGAAAAUAAACCAUUACGUCGUUUGCAUUCUGUAAAGGUUUAAAAUAAAAGAACGGGUAAACCAGGCCAAUUGAAAAAGCAGGUCAUUCUGACGUCAAGCUGACCUUGCUCAUUAUUAUUCACGAGCGCGUCCUCGGUGAGCCGCACCCACUCUCUCAUUCUCGUACUCAUUCACAGUCAUCAUAACUCUCCAGCCAGAGCAAGACCCAGCUACCACUGUACCUGCUAUGGGUCUCUUCCAAACGACCGGUGUUUCCUUGGGUUCACUGCCGGGAAAAUGAACUUAAAGCUGGGCAGAAUGAAUGCGAAAACACCGCCGGAGCACCGAAAUUAGUUCUUUCGCUCUCCGGCUGCUUCUUCAACUUCCACCUCCUCUUCGGACUUGGACUAGGGGUCAAAAAUAUAUGGUUUCCUGCCAUUUUUAGCCUUUAGCAUAAGGUGAACAGACAUCCCCGAUUUCCGGGGACAGUCCCCGAAUUGGAUGACCUGUCCCCGGCAAAAGCUGUCCCCGAAAAUGUCCCCGAUUUAAGCAUUUCAUGAAUGAGAGCAAAAAUGUUCCGUGUGGGCUAGAACAACAGUUAUUACAGUAGCCGAAUAGUUAGGAAGCACAAGUAAGCAGUCCUGAACAACAGUUCUUACGGGGGUUAUUACAAGGGGCAUGCACUGCUACUAAAUAGUACCGAGAUGUUGUCUGUGAUCACACAGCCCCUGCACCCGCCGCCAAGGCCGCACCGAAUGUCCCCGGAUUUCAUUACAGACAUCCGGUCACCUUACUUUAGCAAACAUUAGCAAAAUGGAUAAACCGAAAUCAGAACCUCCACUGCUGAGCCAAUCAGAGCACAGCAGGCUUCACAGCAGCGAUCCAAUCAGAGCAAAGCUCAUUACCAUAAAUGUUAAUGAGCCAAAAUCAGUUGGUUUUCCUGCAAGGUUUUUUAGGCAUACUAAAACAAACCAUCAAAUAACUUUUCAGCUAAAAUUAUGUUGCAAACAUGAUCAGAGGACAUCAAGGAUUGUGAAAAAAUGAUUGAAAUGGAUAAGAAAUUUUGAUGGCAGGUCCCCUUUAAGAAAGACCUCAUGUGUCUGCAGAACGAUAAUAAGGGCUGGGUUUCCCAGCAUGUUUCUGGCUCUGUGAAGGAUUUCUUUGCAGCGAGCGCCAUGGUGUGGCUCUGAAAUUGUUGUACCUGUUGGAUCUGGAUUAUGUGACCAUGCUUCAGGACAUGUUAGCUUUAUGAAGAGCCAUCACAGACUGACUGAUCCUCCUUGGUGCUGCUGAUAGCAGAGCAGGGAGGAGUGGUGUGUAGUUUGGGAUCAGUGGUAGAUACAGACGCUCAGAUUGAGAUACGUUUUCAGCCCCAGUACUGUUUCUGUGUAGAACCAGCAGCUUUAUUUUGCUGUUGGACUGGUACAUAAAAUGUAAAUGUGUCAUUGUGUACAGUCUCUGGAGGGUUUCACUCUUCUCCUCAGUAAUUGAAUAAAGCAGAAGAGAAGCCACCGUCUGGCUCGGCUAGUUGACUUAUUGUUCCCGGUGAGGAAGCAACACCACAACUUUGCUUCCCGCCAUUUGGAAACCCGCCUCUGAUGACACAAGCCUGUUCAGGUUCUUAUUCCAGCCGCCCACCACCAUCUUCUACCACCAGCUUCUCUCUCUUUUUUUUCUCCUCUUUAAUUUUUUCCUCUUUGAGUGUUUGGCUGAGCCCAUACUGUUAACUUUCCCCCGCAUGUUGGAUGCUCCGGGUUAUUUUGCCCCCAGAACGCAGCUGAAAUCUGCUCCAGCCCAAACCAGAUGGCUGCGUUCACGGAGCGGUCCGUCACUCCUGUUCCCCACCAUAUGACGUUCGCAAGUCUGGGAGCCGUCUCAGCAAAGGGGCCUCCCUGUCCCUGCCAAAACUCGGGUUCUUCUUCUGGGUGGCUCCACUCCGGUGGCACGCCAAGUCCCUGAAGGAAACUGCUUUUAUAUUUAGCUGCUGAAAGUCUCAUCUCUGAGAGUGUUUUAGAGAUACAGAUUUGGAGGAGAGAACAUGGUGUCUGUGAGGAGAGGAGCUUUAAAAAUUGGCUGGAGCAGAGCAGGGCCUUGUUCUGGGUGCAAAUUUAUUCACUGUGAAAUUCAGCAGGACUUGUUAGAGGAGGACGUGUGACUGGACGGAGGCCUACAUCCACACACAGGGACAGAAGGGACGGAGACGAGGCUGUCCAGACUGUGAACAUGCACUUAUGCAAGUUUUAAAAACAGCCAGGACUACAUUUAGAGUGGGUUUCUCAUCAGGAGGGUUUCAAAACAGGGAAACAGGUGCAGAGGCUUUAAACAUACAGAUCUGAGAGUUAGUUUCCUCUUCUCACUGAAAUAAAAUCAGUCCAGACGAGACAAGAUGGAGGUCAGGAUGCUGCAGGAGCUGAUUCCAGGAAAAAAAGAGAGCAAAAUGAAACAAAGCAGGGCAUGGAUCCAGGAGAAAGGAAUCUCUUGGGGCCUCAUUUAUCAACCAUGCGUAGAAAAGGUUCUAAAUUCUGGCGUAGGAAUGAAAUUUAGAAGGUGCAUAAGUACAAAAAAAUCUGUAUUUAUCAAACAGGCGGACACCGGUCGUACGCACACCAGUAAGUAACAGGUGAUGAUAAAUCCCACCUGUUCUUUACUACCAUGCUCGUGCGUGGUUAGGGUAAUUUGCAUUCAGAUACGCCUCCAAUUGACCAUAUAUGGCAUCAACAAUCUCUUUUAAAAAUGCGUGAAUGAAUUCUUUUCCUCCUUCUGGAGGUUCACACUCACAGAGCUGUUCUGCAGAAUGAAUGAGUCGUGCGUUCCUCCAGACAGCGUUUAACAGAAACAAAUGUGCAUCGCAGAUUAUUUGUGCAUUGAUUGAAUUAAAUCUUUUCCUGUUUACAAAUCUGAAUUUAUUGUGUGAAGGUGCUUUCAUUGCGAUGUGGGUGCAAUCUAUGGCUCCAUUUAUGAUUUGAAAUCUGGCGAUGGCGUGAAAUCCUCGUUUUAUUCCAGCUUGCUGGUGAUGUGUGUUUGGGAACUGGAUGUAAAUUUAGGCCAGAGAAAUUUUUACAUCCAGCUCUGCCUGCAUGAUUCUGCUUAAUCUCAGGCUGAAAUGUUCCGGUUAGGGUGGACAGGAGCUGGAUGUGCACUGGGAUGGCUUUGGUGCGUUUUGUCUUGCUCCGACACAUAGUAAAUCACGGCCUAAAUCCAUUAAAAUGUUUCGGGGAAGCUGUACCUGCUGAGAAUGCUGCUGUUCUCACUGAACAGAUCAGCAUGGUCUUUGAAAACGCGCUCCCUGCGGAGCAUACAGUUCUCCAAGUCCUCCAGUAGAGCAAAAUAAACCAUGAUACAUGUAUUUGUACUUGAAAUACUUCUUUUGAGGUUGUCCUCUCACAGCAGAUUUUUAUAGCUUGUCUCACCAUUCAUUCAAAAUGUCUGCUAAAUUAUGAAUUGAUAAAUUUUGUAUAGAGGCAACAGAGAACGUGUGAAGUUUGAGAUUGCUGAAGCUGUGACUCCUUUAAUGGGUUCUAUUUGUAGUUUUACUGUCCUACCACUAGGUUUUGUGUGUAUGCAUGGUCAGAGUUGUGCUUUAAUUUACGCACGUUCCUAAGCACAAGUACAGGUUGAUAAAUUCCAGACUUUGCGUGGGAAUGUUUGUACGCACUCAUUACGCACACAUCUGUGUGUACGCAAGGUUGAUAAAUGAGGCCCCUGGUGUUUUGAAGGAGGAAUACUGCAGUUACAACUCUUCUUCUUCAGGUCCACCUAGUACAGGUCCCACAUCCUGACAGACAUCAGAUCAAAAUGACGGUAUAAUAAGAAGGGGAUAAAAAGAACAGAGGACAAGAUAUUAAGUUUGGGAAGAUGAAGAAACAGGAAGGUGGUGUGCUCUGCCCGCCUCAGGGUUUGAUAUUCCACUGCAGAUGGGAAGACAGAGAGCCGCAGCACCACAUCAGAGUCACAGUGUGAUGUGAGUUCUUAGAGUUCAACUGUGUAAAUCACAGUACAGCAGACCUGCUCCUCUGUCCUUAGUUCUCAUCAUGGACCAGGACCAAAGUAGAUCAGCAUCGGAGUUUUUGCCCGACUCUACAGGUCAGCAUGUUCACCAUGACCAGAGUGGUGUGUGAUUACAGGUGUCAGAGUUUGACUUUUGACUCCUCUGUAUCUACAGUACUGGCGACAGGUGUACCUGGUGACGGUGCUGGCGAUGAUCCUGGCGGUGUUCUUUGCUCAGAUUCACCCUCACUACCUCAGCAAACAGUGGAAGCAGCUGCGCUCACUCAUCUUCUGCUCUGUGGCAGGAUAUGGCCUUGUGCCUACUGUACACUGGAUCUGUCUGACUGGGGGGUUCUCCUCUGAGCUCGUACAGGUGAGCAAUACCAGCCUUUCCAUGGAAACUGUAACAUUGUUCUGAGCUGGCACAGAUGAGAGCUGACAGGUCUCCAUGGUAACUGUAAUAGCAGUAAUUCAGGGAUUGUUAUUUAGCUGACAUUGUAAUGGUGCAGUGAAUUCUUUCACACCUGAAUACAUUUGUCCUCUCAGACGUUUGUUCCUCGAGUUCUGGGCAUGUACCUCAUCGCCGUGUUGGCUCUGAUUUUCUACGUUUCUAAGGUUCCUGAACGCUACUUCCCAGGUGAGACUAACUCCAGAGUCCUCUCCUCUCUUCUUCUGUGUUAUUGUGUAUUAGUCAGGAUCUGUAGCUUCAUAUCAAACUCUGAAACACUCAUCAGACCAAGACAUCAGCUUUUUAAAUACCACCCUGCAGAAGACUAAAUGACAAUAAACUAGGAAAUCGGUUCACGUCCAUUUGGCGUCUCCUCUCAGAUGGAGGUUCUGGGUGUUUCUUAUUUAAACAUGAAUGUUGGAUUCAGGAGGAUUAUGUUUUAAAUGCAGGUAAACAGAUAAAAAAGAAGCUGAGAUAUUCUAUUUAGAGCUCCUUUAUGCUCCACUCUUCUUUCUGAUAUUGACCUUCAUCAUCAUCAUUUUAGAGCUCACUGUGGGGUUCAAGUCAUCCCAGUUUCAGAUGGACUCGUAAAAGUCUAAACAUACGUUUGAUUUGAAGGAGAUGCAAUCACAGUCAGGUGGUUUAACUGUCUGUGUUUUUCAUGUGAGUGAAAAUGUUUGUGAGUGUUUUUGAGGUAAAGCACCGAACUGUAGUGAACAGGGUUUGGUUGCAGACAGACCUAAGCCCUUACAGUCUGAGGUCUAACCCCAGCCCCCGUCUGGCUCCAGGUCAGCUGAACUAUCUGGGCUCCAGUCACCAGGUGUGGCACCUGCUGCUGAUCCUCAUGUUUUAUUGGUGGCACCAGUCUUCCUGUUUCAUCAUGGCCUACAGACACAGCCAGCCCUGUCCAGACAUCCCCCAGCGCGCAUGAGUGACGCCCUGAACACAAUGGGUCUGUGCUCUUGUAUGCUGAUCUGUGACCUCUUUUAUCGUCGCUUGGCCUCAAAUUCUUUAAACAGGAUUACAUUACCAGGACAAGUUAAACUUCAGAUAUUCAAGCUUUUAAAAGUGUCAGACAUUUGAUUUCACUUUGGACUAAGUAAAUAUGAUUCAGAGUUUCUCAGAUCAGUUCAAGUUCAUGUUCUUUCUCUGACUGUCUGACUCUGUUUUUGUCUGCAGGUCGGUGAGCAGUCGCAGAGUUUCACAGCAUGCACUGUUGUAAAGCUGGGCUCUCCACGAACUCUCCUUCAGUCCUUCCUGCUUGUAUCGUUUCAGUGAUUGUAGCAACAAACUUCCUCAUUUAAAAUCUGCAGCCUUGAAAAACCUGACACAGUAAUCUGAGUUAAGCUUCAGAGUAUCGGACACAUUGAGGCUGUGGAAUCAGAAACCCCUCCCUCCUCUGUAAGUGCCUCUGUAAAGACAUGGUGUGAAGCAAAACUUGCAGCAAAAAAGUGAAAUUUUUAAAGGCCCCUUUUUUAAAACUCAAAUUUACUUUGAUAAAUGUUCAUGAUCCCCUAAUAACUCUGUUAUGAAUGAACCUGAGGAGAAGGGUAAAAGGUAAGGCUCUGCCCAGGUAAAUUAAACUAACUGCAGGACUUACUGAAUGUCUGAUUUUGAAUGUUACAACGUGAUUUUUGUCUGUGAACAAGUACAGAGAGAAAAACGGUAAUUUCAGCUGCUUUUUUCAGCUGAUGUUUUAAACUUAACAAUUUAAAGACUCAGAGUUUCUGAGAAAACUCACCUGGACUUCAACAGUUUUUAAAUCAGCAAUUUUAGAGCAAAGUGGACCUCAAACCUUCAAACUCAGGAGGUACAAAUAGGUCUGAAUUUCUACUGAGGGUCUUCAGGUAUUGGUGCAGAGACUUUGAUGGUUAAAGUGAUUCAAAAUGACCAAAAUCUUGGUCUGUAUUUAUGAAAAACUCAGUUUCAUCUCUGUGGCUGAUUCUGCAGACAGACCCACAGACAAUCUCAGACUCACACUCACAGACUUACAGACAAUGGGGCGCUCACACCAAGCGCGAGUAAAAUCAUCUAGAUGUGUGAAUAAAUAGUAUUUACUCGCUUAAUUCAUGCAUCAACAGUAAUUUCAAACUUAAUCCCUGCCAAUUCUACUGGUGGGCGCAAGUAGUUUUUUACAACUUACCAGGUAAUCCGACCACCUCACUCUCUUGCCUCCAGGCAAGCUCCUUUUUAUUCCGGGUUCAGUAAAUGAAAGAAAAGGUAUCAUAUAAUUCAGGGCACUUAUACACUGACAUGAUCAGUUUGUCCUCCAUUUUAGAUACCAGUGAAUAACCGUAGGUUUUCAGACGUCACUUGGCAACCUUCGUGCUGAUCAGUUAUCGCGACGCAAAUAUCCGAAUAUCCACAAGUUGAGACAUUUUCAGCUCCCGCCCAAUUCGCGUCAUUCGUGCCGCCAGAGCAGUAGGAGCGUCUAGUUGCGUCUUUGCAUUGACUUAACAUGUAAUUCACAGACCCAAAGUUCCUUAGUUCCUUCUGCUGCUUAUAGUGCAGCAGCCAAGUACAAAUUUUAGCCAGAAUCGUUAAGUUGGUGAUUCAAGCAUGAAAAUUGUCAUGAACAUUCUCCAUGGGUCACUUAACUAGAAAAGUGUCCAAGCCAUUUGAUAUUUUACAAUGGCAGCCAUUUUUCAAGAUGGCCACCACUUAGUGGAACAAUUAGGUGAUGUACUUGUAGGUGAUAUAGCCAUGAAAAUUGGUAUGAACAGUCUUCAUGAGUCACAUAAUGAGAAAUUGCUCCAAGCUGCUUGAAAUUUCCCGAUGGCAGCCAUUUUAAAGAUGGCUGCUAUCGCAUUAGAGCAGUCAAGUGAUGUAAAAUUGGUGCUAUCAACAUGAAAAACAGUAAGACCAUUUUCCAUGAGUAAUUUGAUAAGAAAAUGCUUGACUGUGUUUUGUUCAACUCCUCGCCCUUGACCUGUCCAAUGUGGUAAAACCUGCUAGGAGUUGCCUCCCAAUGGCAUAGCUCUUAGGGUUCAUGAAAGUAUGCAAACUCUCUUACCACAACAAGGUAGCAGUCAAAAGGGAGUUUUUUUUUUUCUUAAAACAUUUUAAAAACUUUUUUUGUUUUUUGUACCUUUUUUGUAACUUUUGUUCUUUCUGACAAAGGUAAGGUAAAAAAGGGGAAGCAGUCCUGGCAAAAAGAAUACACACAUAGCUUCUAACCGGGGCAAUGACAUAGACAUGUGCAAGUGAGUCCAUAUUUGAAGCACUUGCAUUGUCCAGUACAUUCCUUGGUGCACCCACAUUUGGUCAACUCCCAACAACUUUCUGCUACAAAAAGGAAGAGGAGUCCAAAAGAUUCUACAUUUGUCAUCUUCUUUUAUCAAUACCCAGUCAUAUGGGCUUGGCAUUUCUGCACAUUUGGCAUGCUCUUUCAGUGCUGCUUGAGUUGGUGGGAUCAGGUCAUAUGGUCUCUCCUUUCUUGUAAAAAGAUCAAGCCUCGCCUUAUUGACAGUUGUGACAUCACUGGAUCUGUAAUACAUCACCACAACAAAUCUCUCCAACACUUGCAGGUCGCUCUUAUCAAUUGCAGAGGGGCAUUCACAGAGUUUUGCAAAAGUCUUUGAGACUAGACAACUAGACAAGACAACGAGAGACAACUAGAUUAUGAUGUUUUAACUCUAUUAUUAUGUGGUUUAUAUUUCAUUACAAUGUUUUUAAUCACAGUGUUAUUUUAUACCGUCAGGAUUCCACUUUAAGGUCCUUGUACACUGUACAAGGACAAUAAACAAAUUCUAUCCUAUGUCUAUUCUAUUCGAAAAAAUAAUAAUAAUGAAUUUUAUUUGUAUAGCGCUUUACAUCAAGUCAAUGAUCUCAAAGUGCUUAGCAGUAAAAAAAUACAAAACAUUAAAGAUAAAAAUAACAUUAACUAGAAUAGCACUCGGAGAGCGAAGACCUCCACCAAGCAGCUCAUGUCCCCCCCUUAUAUUGUGAUUCACACCAAAACUUUUACUGUUGCUUGUCUUUUAUUAACUUUUAUUUGUGUUUAAACUGGUAUGUUCACUGUUCAUAAUGUUCCUAAAACAACAAAGCUCAUAUAAGAUACAUAAAUUCAUGAUUUAUUAUGCCAUAUUUGUAAGCGUACACUUCCUUGUAUCUUCAUUGGUUAUCUUUCAGCAUUGAAAAUUCCAACGACACCCUUAUUUUUGUGUGUUCUGGAUCACAGUAUCCGGAAUUUUGUCUGGAUCAGGAUCAACCAUUGACACCUCAUAAAACUCAUUGAGAUCCUUUUGUGUAAUUUUUUACUUAAGACUCUGGCCAUUUUUAUAGAGUUAAAUGCAAAAAUUCCAAAAUUUGCCCCAUUUCACAAUGAUAAAGAAUCCUUGAAAAAAUUCCUGGAUCCAGAAGGCGAUUCGGAUCACCACCAGAAUGUAAUGGGAUCCUCCUGGGGCUGAGACGCACCUCUGGUGAAAAUUUCAGGUCAAUCCGUCUGUAACUUUCUCCGUAAAGUUGCUAACGGACAAACAGACAAACAAACAAACCAACGCUACCGAAAACAUAACCUCCUUGGCGGAGGUAACCACAGAGCUCCUAAAGGGACAUGGAGAAAAAGACACACACAAAAAAGAAAUAAAACUAGCGUGUAAACACGAAACAUUCACAUGCGCACCCUAAAGAGGUGCGGUGUUCUCUGGUGUGAGUGGAGAUACUGUAUCUCGGGAUGUAUUCCCGCUCCAAUUGUUCUCUGGUGGGAAUACACCCUGUGGUAUCCCAGCUCCAAGAGAAGAACAACACUCUUCUUUCGCAUGCACAAAACAUUUGUGUUUCCUUUUUUUUUCUCCAUAUCCCUUUAGAGGCACCUUAAUAAACAUAUGUUUGAAUAAAAAAAAAAAAAAAAAAUAAAUAUAUAUAUAUAUAUAUAUAUAUAUAUAUAUAUAUUAAAAAGAAUUCUUAAAAAUGGUCACCAUCUAGAAAUUUCAAGCAGUUUGGGGCAUUUUCUUAUUAAGUUACUCAUGGGGAACACAGACAUUGGUCUUACCAAUUUUCACGUUUAUAUCACCAACUUUACAACAUUAAACCGCUCAAAUGAAAUGGCAGCCAUCUUUAAAAUGGCUGCCAUUUUGAAAUUUCAAGCAACUUGGGGCAUUUUCUUGUUGAGUGACUCAUGAAGACGGUUCAUACCAAUUUUCAUGCCUAUAUCACCAGCUUAACAAGGACAUCGCCUAAUUGUUCCACCUAGGUGGUGGCCAUCUUGAAAAAUGGCCACCAUCUUGAAAUUUCAAAUGGCUGGGACACUUUUCUAGUAAAAUGACCCAUGGAGAAUGCUCACACCAAUUUUCAUGCUUGUAUCACCAACUGAACGAUUAUGUCACUUAUAUGUGCCACUAUUAUUUGAAAGUGUUUUUUUACCAUCCGUGUUCAAACAGAAAAAUUGCCUAUACCAAUCUUUUUUAGAAACUGCACACUGGUCUGAAUGAAAGAGGAAUCCACAGACAGUCUGAUGAUGUCUGGUAUGAACUCAAAGGCCUAUUACACGGAACUGAAACUGCAUAUAAAGAUUAAGUGACUCACAGUGAGUGAAACAUGACACUGAUGCUGAUGUCAGUUUGGAUUGAUGUUCGCUCACUUCCUGCCUCCUGCUUCAUUUGAAUCUGAAGAGCAUCACGAUCUUGGUUACUUUAAUCCCAGCCCUUCUGUUUAAAGAGCACCCCCAACAGGCGGAAAUCUAAGUUGUUGUUUUCUCCAGACCAAAGCACUGACAAAAAAAAAUGUGUCUGUAGUUUCUGUUAAAAUCUACAGUUUUUCUCCAAACGUAACAUGUUUGUAUCUUCUCUCCAGUCUAUAUUUAAAACUACUCACACACUCACAUACAUACACACACACUAGCAUUUCAGAGUUCAUUCAUCUGCAAGGUGAUGGUGCAAUGUCAAAGGUCCGCUGUUCAGUGUUUUAAUGGUUUUCUUCUCAAAUGCAUCAAAUUCAUGUUCUUUCUAAUGUUACUGUGUACUGUGCAUUAGUGAAAGCAUCACUGUAUCAGCAGCUCCUCUGUGGGUCAGUAUCUUCAGAUGCUCAUGUAGCAUAUGUUACACAUGUGUUAAACAUGUUACAAAUGUGUUUAACGUGUUUAACACUCUUGAAUGUGCUUAACGUGUUAAACAUGUUUAACGUAUUAAACUUGUUUUAAAGGGUUUGACGUGUUUAAAAGUGUUCAUUGUGUUUUGAACCUGUGUAAUGUGUUUGAACGUGUUUGUAUCUGGUUUGCACUGAUUUUGUUAUUUUUUCCUCCGUGAUAUUUAACAUCUCGGGGUUGGAAACAUGUUCUCUGGGGUUCGAGUUUCAAUCUCCUGGCUCUGUUUCUGUGUGUAAAUCCUUCCUCCUAAAACCUGUUCUGUGUUUUUAUGGUCCAGAUCAGCUUGCACUCUUUUUCUAGAAACUCUAAUUUUGUAUUUUUACUCUCCAUGUGUGAGGAAUCAAACUGCUGAUGACUUUAAAUAAAUGUCAGACAACUUUCCUUAUUCUUCUUGAUACAGCCUCCACCUGCAGCUGCAGGUUUCAGAUGGUCCCAGACGUUCAGAAGCAAAAGACAGAUUUUAAGAGGAGAAAGUUGUUUAACUGGAAUUUAACCUGCAGGUUCAUGUUUUUAAUCUCUGAAUAAAGAUCUGAAAUCAUCCUGAUGUGUUCUGAGGUUGAACUCUGAGUCAAAGAAUGAGUCAGUGAGUAUAUAAAAAAUGGCCACAGCCUAAGGUCUGUUUGUGUCUUAAUGUUUUAUUUCCUCCUGAUGUGAACAAAAGUGUCGAGUAAUUCAUAAAAAAGAAAGAUAACAGUUCUUACAGAGAAGCUCACUGCUAGAAAAAAGUAAACAGUUAGGAGCCGAAAUGUAAAGCCUUACCCCAAUCCCAGAUCCACAUUUUUAAGGAAGAGCCACAGCAGUUGCAUGAGGAAGACUGGGAGCUUUGCAUAGACAAAAAAGGUCCACAACAAACUGAGCCGCUCAGGUGACUCCUGAACCACGCCUCCAUCACCUGCUGUGAGGAGGUUUCAGAGGUACAGUGCGGCGAGGCAGGCCCGCGCAGGUAAGGCUUUCUGGUGCUAAAAGAAAAACUGAAGGCAGCUGAAGAGCAUCUGCAGUGAUGCGAGCAUAAGAAUUCAGGACUAAAGGCGUCUCAGCUGACAGAUAUGUGACCAGUCCAGUCCAAGAGGUCUGGCAGAAAAAAAGGUGAGCUUGCUGGUUCAUGAUUGGCUAAAGGUCCCACAGAGGCUCUUAGAGCGUCAGAGAGAUUCAAGAGGAGUCACUGUUUGGAGGGAAAGGGCGCCGCUCCAAAUGGGUCAAGCUCCACGGGCUGUGCGGGCGGAGUCUGCUGAGGACCACUGUGGACCACCAUUUCUGUGAAAGGCACCGCCCCGAAAUCAUCUAUCAGUUUGCUUUCUUCUAGAGUGGUGUGGAGAGGGCUGGUCCAGGACUUUCCAUUGGCAGUGCCCAUGUCACUCCGACUGUCACUGAGUCCAGUGUAGCGCCCACCGUCCUGAGGGUGGAAAGGUUUGGCUCCAAACGGGUCAAGCAGGGCGUCGUCCACAGGCAAAGACACUCCUUUGUCUUUUCCCUCUGCCAUAGGGAUGUCUACACUAAUGUUCUCCUUUGAGUCCGACGUGCUCAAGAACUCAUUGCUGCUCUGCGAGUCUCGGCGUCCAACCUUCUUGUGUCUGUGGACUCUUUCAGGGGUGCGGUAUGUUGGCUUGUUGGUCUUGCGUCCUCCGGUGGGGGUACCAUGGUGGCGUUUGCCAUUGCUGCCUCCAACGGCGGACUCCUGCUUGGUUUUCCUGUGGCGUGAGGAGAGUUUCUGGAGGCUGCGCUGCUUCAGCCUCUGCUGCUGAGGACUGGGCGAGUCUUCCACUGAUGGCCUGAAGAUGUCCUCCGCGCUCCGAGAGGUGGUGGAAGGUGGGUCAGUCGGGCCAGGCUGGAAGGGUGAGAAGCCAAAGAUGUCGAUGCUCUCAGGGGAAAUGGGUGGGGUCUGGCCCAUGGGGACGUCUAGCCCGCCACACCCGGACUUAGAGAGGUUCCUGGUGAAGGGUGCUUUAGUGAACACAUCAAAGUCGUCCAUGGCCGACUGCUCCUGGCUUGCCUGCCUGAAAGGUGCUUUGGUAAAGAUGUCGGAGUAUUGUAGAAGAGUGGCAGGUAAAGCUUCGCCCACGAAGGGAACAGCCCCAAACAUGUCCACGGCAUCUGGAGGAGGAGUUUUGCCCCUGCUGGGUGACUGAGGCGGCAUGAUCAGGGUCAUCCCUGAGUUGUUCCGAGGACUCCUCCUUAAGGCUGCUUUAACCACCGCCUUCUUGGAGUGACCUUUGACCCUGUUGUGCUCGUACUCUGAGUCUGAGCUGUGCUUGUUAUCAUCCUCACCCUCCUCCUCAGAGUCCAUCAAAAGGGGGCGCUGUCCUGAGAUCUCUGGCUCGGUGUCCUCGCCAUGCUCACUGUUCAGGCCCUCCUCCUCCUCCUGAUCCUCGUCCUCACUGCUUUUGGGAGAUGGGGGGUCGGACUCAAAAUCACUGUCAGACUCCUCCCCUGCUCGGCCACUCUUUUUUCCCACUUUGUGCUCUUUAGCAGCGCCUGGCAGUUGUGGAGACCCUGCGGGGGCAGAGACUGGAGCAGAAGCACUGGAGUCUUCACUGGUGGGCUCGCUCUUCAUCACGUCAGGAUCUGCAGAGAAAAAAACACACAAUAAAAACCAGACUGCAAGAGUUACUGAUGUUUUCUUUAAUGUGCAUCUACAGUUUGACCUCUGACCCCUGUGGUUGACCUUGGUCUGAAGUUUGGCAAGAGAAGAUGAGCAACAGAGGGAGUGGUUUUUAUCUUCUCUUUUACUCAGACGUCAGUCAGAUCAGGAUUAAGCUUGAAAGUCUGUGUCAGAGCGAAGCAAAGGAGGAGGAGUGAGGGAGCGUUCUGAGGCCAUGUACACACAUAGCCGGGUUUUUUUAUAAAUGAAUAUCCACCCCCCUCCAUUUUAGAACAAGUGACGUACACACAUCAUUGUUUUCAAAUAAAAUCCCAUCCACACAAAACCACAUAAAUGUGCUAUUGACCGCAGUUAUAAGCAUGGCAGACCUGGAGUUGGUAGUAUUUGCCAAAAAGUUUCUAUCCAAUCAGAGCAAGCUUCCCUUUCUUGUCAUCACUAUUCCAAACAUGAAACAUAGCACCGUGUAGUUCAUUCGUGUGGACUGACAAAGAGGUGGAAUAGCUUUUAAGCAUCGUUUUGGAAUAGAAAGUCAACAAGACACAACAAAAAGUGGAGGAAGGGUUAUUUGGUGUAGAAUAACCAACUGCAAAGUGUUCCUUCUCCUUUGCUCCUAACAAAAAUAUAUAUUCUGUAUAUAUCUGCUGUCCACUGCCUGAUAUAAACAAAGGCGCAUAGUAUAUGACGAUUAUCUACUAGUUGUUGCAGACACUGACGUUUGGGAAUUUAAAACUGGUUAUUUAUGUCCACACACAAAUGCAAAACCUGAGUUUUCGAAAAUUUUCACUUUGGCCGGAGUUUUCCAAAAGCAGCGUUAUUAAUGACAUAACCCUGCGGUUUCCUGUGAAUGGCAGGUCAAAACGUAUACAACGCCUGAGAGGCCUGAGAGUCAAUAUGCUUCUCAAACUCAUCCACUCUUAGCACACUUAAUUGAAAGUCAACCAAAAAUAAGCAUAAAUAAAAUUAAAUACAACUCAUAACAGAAAACACAUAACUGCCAAAACAUUAGUCACACUCUACAACAACCUCUUUCUGCAGUAAAGCUCUUCUAGAUCAGGGGUCGGCAACCUUUAACACCGAAAGAGCCAUUUGAUCCGGUUUCCACGGAAAAGAAAACACUGGGAGCCGCAAAUACUUUUUGACAUCUAAAAUGAAUUUAUUUAUGAACGCAUUUAUUAAACGAACAUGAACACAUUUUGAACAUUUUGAAUUCUUGAAAAAAUAAUACAGUGUCUGAAUGUCUCUUUCAAAUAAAUUAAAAAGCUGAACUUAAAUUAUCCAUGUAGCAAACAAAACCAAAAAAAUGCCGUGAGCCGUCAUCCUUAUAUCGCCUUUGGGCUUUCAGAGCAUGUAGCGGAGCCUUGACCUGAAUUUAAAACAUAAAUUGGGGAAAAAAGCACUGUGUCACUAAACAAUGAGAAAUAAAUAUUUGCAAACUAUCUGCAUAAAUAUUUAUUUAACCUGGUUAAUGGGACUUCUGCUCCUGAACCUCUGCGCACAGCUUCUGCAAAUCGGGGCUGUACGAAGUCACUCUCAUCUUUACACAAGACUGUAAGCUGUCAUCUGUGAGGCGUGAGCGGUGUUUGUUUUUAAUGUAGUUCAUGGUGGAGAAUAGCUGCUCACAUACAUAUGUGGAUCCGAAGAUCGACAGGACUCCAAAGGCAUAUGUCUUCAUGUUCAUGUAGGUGUCGGGGAUGGCAUUCCAUGUUUCAAACACGAGUUUGUCCGGUCUUGGAAGGUUCUCAAUAUCACUCCAUUUGUGAUUCUGAGCAAGAGUGGCCUUCUGGCGGGCAACAUCUUCAAGGUCCUCUGUCAAGCGUUUGAAUUUGGCCACCCACAUGUCUUUGUCGGCUAUGUCAGCCAGCUCCAGCUCCAGAUCAGGUUGACUUACACCUGCAAAUGCAGUCACAUUUAGCAGGGAUGGAUCGAUGUUCAGGGGAGUGACGGGGAAGGACAAUGUGGUUUUUUCCUCUCUGAACUCACGGAAUCGUUUCCCAAACGAUGCUUGCAUUGUGGUGAUUGCAGAAUGCAAAUACUCUGAAUUGAUCACCUUGUGAGCUUGUUUGAACUCCCUUAAAGAGGGGAAGUGAGACAGUGUGCCUCUCUGUAAAUCUCUGGCUAAAACUGUCAGUUUGCGCUCAAACGCUAACACCUCCUCCAGCAUGUGUAGCGCUGUGCCUCCUCUCCCCUGAAGAGUUGUGUUCAGCCUGCUCAGGUUCGCUGUCAUGUCCACCAUGAAGUGCAGCUUUUCCAGCCACUCUGGCUGUUCCAGCUCAGGAAAGGUGAGCCCUUUGCUGCUCAUGAAAGUUUUCACCUCUCCCAGACAUGCAGCAAAACGUUUCAGCACCUCUCCUCUGGACAGCCACCGGACUCUGUUGUGCAGCAGGAGAUCAGAGUAUGUGCUGUCCACCUCAUCCAGUAACGAACGGAACUGGCGGUGAUUUAAACCUUUUGCCAUUAUUUUAUUUACAAUCUGAAUGACAAGAUUCAUGACCUCUGUGCAUUCUGAAGGAAAAGUUUGCGCGCACAAUGCCUCUUGGUGCAGGAUGCAGUGAAAAGUGAGCAGCUUUCUGUCCAGUGACUUCUGCAGCAAAGCCACAAAGCCCCUGUGCUCUCCAGUCAUACUCGGUGCCCCAUCAGUAGCCACUGACACUAGGUGGGUUGUUUUUAUUUCUUUGGCUCGUAAACAAUCAAGCACGGCCUCACAGAUGUCCUCCCCCCGUGUCUGGCCUUUUAGUGGUAUCAGCUCAACCAUUUCUUCCUGUGGUCCAGCAGAGUUCACAUAUCGGCAGAACAGCGCUAUUUGUUCAAUGUCACUUUUGUCUUUGGACUCAUCACAGGCGAUUGAGUACGCUGCAGCUGAAUUGAUGUCUUUAAUUUGCUGUAUUGUGAUAUUUUCUGCCAUUUUUAUGGUUCUGUCUUUAACAGUCUUCGCAGAGAGAGGCAUCUCUCUGAUUUUCUGCACAAUUUCAUCCUUGUUUUUAAAGUCCGCGAAUAGGUGUUCUGAAAUCUUAAGGAAUGAUUGUUUCAUAUAAUCUCCAUCUGUGAACGGUUUCCCAUACCUGACUAUUUCCUGAGCGGCCACAAAACUUGCAUAUGUAGUUGAAUUUGCAGACUUCACCCACUUCUUGAAGUGAUUUUUCGUCAGAUCAGCCUUCCGCAUCAGUCCCGAAACAGCUUUUUUUCUCUCUUCUCCCUCUGGAUAUUUUUCAGCAAAGGCUCUGUGUGUAUUGUUGAAAUGUCUUGCGACAUUUGACCGUUUAUUGUUAGACAGCUUUUCUCCACAAAUUAGGCAUACUGGUAGGCCACUCUCAUCAGAGGUAAAUGCAAAUGAAUCUGCCCAGGCAUCAAUGAAUGUUCUAUUUUCUUCAGAUAUUUUUCUUUUCUUAAAUUUCUCCAUACUUGGCCUUGCUGGGGUUGAAAGUCGCGACAAAUGGACGGCAUACCGGCUUUCGCAAGUAUGACGUUUAUUUUGAGCGACGAAAAACAAUAAAAUAUAUUUAUUCUAAUAUGUCAAGAUCACAAUAAUCUUCCAAUCUAGAACUAAAAUAUUCAAGAACUAAUACAAAUAAAAUACACUUCAAAUAGAUACUUUGUUUGUUUUUUUUAGUAAUUUAUUUUCCCAAGCCACUCAGAGCCGCAGUAUAAGGAUGAAAGAGCCGCAUGCGGCUCCGGAGCCGCGGGUUGCCGACCCCUGUUCUAGAUGUUUCUUCAAACCUGCUGUACUGGAAACUAAAACUGUUGUGGAAGUCUGUUCCAGCAUGUGAUUGCCUUAAACAUCACAGUUUUAGGUUUGGGCAUGCUGAAAUCACCUCUCACAGCCUGUCUACUGCCAUAGUUAGACUAUCACUAAUGAGCAACAGUUGAGAGAAGAGAUCGCUAGAUUUCUAGAGAUAUAGAUGUUUGUCAAAAAUAUAAUAAUGCUACAAGCUAGUCUCUCACUGACUCUCAUCCAUGACAACUGUUUUGUGCAUUUUUUCAUUGUUGUUUCUAAUGCAAAGCUAAUCUCUCAGUAUUAUUUUGUUAAACUGGAUUUUAUUUAGUUCUUGUUUAGAUGCAUUAGACCAGAUAACUGGGCAAUAGUCAAGAUAUGACAAGACAAGGAUUGCAUAACUUGCUUUUUGGUUGUGCUGGUUAGAAAAUAAGGAAAUAAGGAGUAAUGCCACUGUCCAAUGUUUUUACACUUGAAAAAAGUCUGUUAAACAGGACACAUUGCUGUCUAUUGAAUAGCUAGCUUUUCAUCCAGUUCAUCGCUGGGAGUUUGAAACCAUAAGCAGCUAGUUUUGUGAUUGUGCAUGGUCGAUAAUAUCAAACACAACACUAAAAUCCAACAACACUCUUCCAACUAAUAAUUUUAUGUCAAUUUCUUUCAGCCAGUCAUCUGUCAACUGUGUAAGAGUUGUGCAUGUUGAGUAUCCAGUUUUAUAGGCAUGUUGAAAGUCUGAAUUAAUUUUAUUAAUCAAGACAUCAUUUUGAAUUUGCAUCAAUACAAUUUUUUUUACAUUAAUUUUCCUAAUACAGGUGAAAUACUAAUUGGCCCGCUGUUAGAUCCUGUGAGUUCUUCUUUCCUGUUUUUUGGUAGAGGAAUGAUCUUAGCAACUUUCCACACUUUCCAUCUUCUCUUUUACUGUGACUGUUAAAGAAUAAGUCUUUAUUCCUCUUUUACCGUGACUAUUUAGGUUUAAGUCUAAAGUUAAUUUAAGUUAAUUUCCCUUUUACUGGGACUCUGAUUUUAACCCUCAGUUUGAGCUGGUCUUUGUCUCUAGAGUAAAUCCUUAAUGAGCCUCAUUAUCAGGUGGAGCAUCUCCAGCUCUGCUCUGAAUAAUCUAGUCCCUUCACUUUGAUCCAGCUUUAUUGUUCCAAUUAGUGAAGCCCUACGUUAUGAAGUCCAGGCCCCUGCUGUGAACACCAAUACUUAAACCUCCACCACUUCAACACCCGUCAACCUGGCAGGAAGUGCUUCAGUAUCUGCCUAACAGGCAGCAACUCAGACAUGAGAGUUUAAAUGUUCUGGAUGAUUUUAAGAGUUUUCAUCUCACAGACCUCUGGACCUCUGAUUAGGAUCAGAGAGAUGCCAAAUCAGACAGCAGACUAACUGUGGCCCUUGACGGUUUACAGGUAUCAAAGAAAGUGAUGAGGACUGUGGCUGUUCUGAGGUCAGAUACAGUCCUGCUCACCAUUAUUGGCACCCAUGAAGUUUAAGUACAUCAUGUGGAAUAUCUUCUGAAAAAACAUGAAACAAGUGAAACAUUUUUUUAUAGAGAACUUGUGUUUGAUACAAAAGACUAAAUGAUAAACAACAAUUUAAAACAAUAAACAAUGGGAGGAAAAAAAUAGAAAAACUUAAAGCAUGCUGUGUCACUGCUAUUGGCACCCUUUCCUAUAAAUUAGUAUUGGAACACAGUGUGACUCACCUUUGGUCAAACACAAAUGAGAAUCACCUGUGAUAAAUUGUCUGUGCCCAUGUGACAUGAAUUAACUGAUGAAUGAUGACUUCCAUGUUUUAAAAAGCCACCUGUUAUCCCCUGUUCCUUUGUCACAAUGGUGAAGACAAAGGAGCUGUCUGAGGACAUCAGAAGUGCGAUAAUUUGCAAACACAAGAUCUCCAAAGGGUAUAAGGCCAUCUUCAAAGACCUUGGUAUCCCUGUUUCAACAGUGUGUAAUGUGAUUAGGAAGUAUCACAAGCAUGGAACUGUCAAGAACCUCCCUGGAUCUGUCAGGAAGAGAAAUAUUGAUGACAGAAGUCUUCCAAGUUUGGUGGGAAUGGUGGAAAAAACACCAGGUCAGACAUCCAAAGACCUGAAGGCCAACCUGGAACAGUCUGGGGUCAUGGUUUCAACAAGUACCAUACGCCGCACAGUAAACCAAACAGGGCUUCAUGGACGAAGGCCAAGGAAGACACCAUUCCUAAGGCAAAGACAUAAAAAGAACGACUAAUCUUUGCCAAGGAGUACCAGGACAAACCACAAUCCUUCUGGAAAAAUGUUCUGUGGACAGAUGAAACAAAAAUGGAGCUUUUUGGCAAUGCACACCAAUAGUUUGUUUACAGACAGCGCAAUGAAGCCUACAUGGAAAAGAACACCCUUCCAACAGUUAAGCAUGGUGGAGGAUCCAUGAUACUGUGGGGCUGCUUUGCUGCAUUUGGUACUGGAGGCCUUGAUCGUAUCACAGGAAUCAUGAAAUCAGAGAAUUAUCAAGACAUUCUAAAGCGACAUGUCCUACCCAGUGUUAGAAAACUUGGUUUGAGUAGAAGAUCAUGGGUCCUCCAGCAAAACAAAGACCCAAAGCACAUAUCCAAAAGCAUGCAGGAAUGGUUGAAAAGGAAAAAAUUGACUUAUUUAAAAUGGCAAGCAAUGAGUCCUGAUCUCAAUCCCAUUCAAAAUCUUUGGUAUGAGCUGAAAUCUGCCAUUGGGGAAAAGAAACCUGAAAACAUUCAAGAGUGGGAGAAAAUACCAGCUGAGAAGCUUAUAAAUGGCUACAAGAAACGUUUGGAAGCUGUCAUCACUGCCAAAGGCUGUGCAACCAAAUAUUAAAGAGGGGUGCCAUUAUUGCUGCACAUACUGUGUUUUCUGUUUCUUCUUUAAAAUUACAACGUGUUAGUUGAAAAAAAAAAACAAUUUCAUUGGUUAAAUUACUUUGGGCGGGCUGCACGGUGGUGUAGUGGUGAGAACUGUCGCCUCACAGCAAGAAGGUCCUGGGUUUCGAAUCUGGGACAAGGCAUUUCUGUGUGGAGUUUGCAUGUUCUCCCGAUCAGAAAAACACGUCCCAUGAAUCAGCAGUCUCUUUUUUUAUGAACUUAAGAAAGCUUGGAAUGCAAUCCCUGGAACAUACCUUAAAAACUUGUGGAACGAAUGCCUGGUAUAUGCCAAGCUGUUGUUAAAGCCAGAGGAGGUUACUUAAAGAAAGCAAAGUCUAAGCAACAAUAACUCAAAUACCUAAUAAUUAUAGUCAAAAUGUCCUCUGAUAAGUUACUCUUUACACAAUAGUCAUGUUUAAUGUGUUGCAAAUUAUACAUAUGAAACUAUGAUCUUUUUUGUGCAAAUCUGAUCUUGCUUCCAAACUUUUGGCCUGUAGUGUGUGUGUGUGUAUAUAUAUAUAUAUAUAUAUAUAUAUACGUAUAUGUGUGUGUGUGUGUGUGUGUGUGUGUUCAGGUUCAGGUUUUAUUUUCUGUUUCUCAAUAUCUUGAAAUUCAACAUUAAUCUGAAAUUUCAGCUAAAUGUGAUUUAAAUAAAGUUUUAUUAGCUCAAAUAUUCCCUCAGAUUAUAGUUUCACAGCAACCUGUCUCUACUGUUAGAUGAUCCAUGUAUUCCUGUUAGUUAUUUUUUAGACAUGAACAGACUUGGACCGAAAAAUAAUCACACUGAUAUCUUUACCGGGAUGAUUUAUGGCUAUAAAAGCAAAAAGCUGCUCAGUGAAGUUCAUUAGAAGGAGAGAGUUUGACUGUGAGGACAGAGAGAGACUUUCUUUUUUUUUUUCUGAAGGAAAACUCCUGCCGUGAAAAAACAUGAUUAGAAAGAUCACAUCCAAGAUGGCUGCCACAUAGAUGCACCAUGUGUGUGGCUCUAACAAACAAAUGACAAUCCAUCUAAAAUCUUGAAAAUGGCUUGACAUCCAAAAGAUCUAGUGAAGUUUACAACUUGCUGUAGUCAAGGAGAAGGACAAGACUAUCAAAGAAACUUGAAAGAAGAGUGGACGAUUUGGAGCAGUACUCCAGGAUUGAUGACCUGGUGAUAGCUGGGCUUGAGACAACACACCGCAGCUAUGCAAGGGCUACAGCCGGGGACAAGACGGGCGAGGAUGCACCAGAACAAGAACAGGAGUCACUUGAACAGCAAGUUAUCCAGUUUUUCAAGAGCAAAGACAUCCCUUUGGAAAGCAGUAACAUAGCUGCUUGUCACACCCUACCCCAAAGGCAAAACAACAGCAGAAAUGGGCCACAAAGAAAGAGCACCAGGCCAAACACCCUCAUUCGAUUUAUGAGCAGAAAGCAUAAAGUUGAGGUGCUGAAGAAUGCAAAGAAACUGAAGGAUACUGGAGUAUAUGUAAAUGAGCAUCUCACAAAGAGAAAUGGUGAAAUUGCAAGACAAGCAAGAAUCCUGAGAAAGGUAAAGCUGAUCCAAGACACAUGGACAAGGAACUGUAAGGUGAUGAUUCGGCUGAAUGAUGAUGGUAUACCUGAAAACGCCAAAGUAUUAACCAUCAGAGACAUAAAAGAACUUGAAAAAUACAAAUGAAAAUAACAAGUGCUAUGGUUAAGGUGUGGACUUGGGAAUGUCAUGUUUUGUUUUAUUUAUUUUUUUCUCAGUGUUUCGGGUAGUAAUGAAAUGUGAUAAAUCUGACACUGGACAAUGAUAAAUCUGACACUGGACAAUGUGUGAAUACACAAAUUUAAAGUAUUUUGACUCUCAAGACAACAAACACUAUGAUUUAGAAAAUGACAUUGAUCCAGAGAUCCACUUUUACCAGAAUAUUGAUUUGAAUUGUGAAUAGUAUUCUGAAGAUAAGUUUAAAUCAAAAGUGAAAAUGGAGGGGCUUUUAGUGAAUCAUUUCAAUAGUAGGAGUCUCUACAGAAACUUUUCAAAAAUUAAAAAGUAUCUUCAACAGUUUAAAAAUAAGUUUUGUUUAAUAGCAAUUUCUGAAACUUGGUUGAGAAGUGACAAAGAAUUUCAAGGUGGAAUAGAGGGUUAUGAGAUGAUUUAGAAAAACAGGGUCAACAAAAAAUGUGGGGGUGUUGCCUUGUUUGUGAAGUCUGACUUUAAGUGUAAGGUUAUUGAAAAUAUGACAAUGGUGAUUGAUGAUUUGAUGGAAUGUUUAACAAUUGAAAUCAACAUUGAAAGAACCAAAAAUAUAUUAAUUAGUUGCAUUUAUAGAACACCAGGGACUUGUUUAGAUCAAUUUAAUAAGAAGAUUUCUGAAUUAUAUGAAAUACAUAAGGAAAAAGUGUUUUUUGUUUGUGGUGACUUUAAUAUUGAUUAAAUAAAAUCAAAUGAUCAUAUUAAAACGAAAUAAUUUGUUGAUAUAAUGUUUAGUUUGAGUUUCUACCCCUUAAUUUUAAAGCCCAGUAGAAUAACAAAGGACAGUGCAACACUGAUUGAUAAUAUCUUUACAAAUAUAAUGGAUAAAAAGUUAGUAGGUGGACUAUUAGUGACUGAUGUAAGUGAUCAUUUACCAGUAUUUGCUGUGUUAGAAAUGAAGAAUAAGUUAAAAUUAAGAGAAAAUUGUCAUACAUACAAUCUGGUCAGACAAAAAUCACCAGAGGCAAUAUUGGCACUUAAGGCAGACCUUUGGAGUCAUGAUUGGCAGGAGGUUUAUGUAGAGGAUACCAAUGAGGCAUAUAAUGCGUUUCUGGGUACAUUUUUGUCAUUUUAUGACAAACAUUGUCCUUUGAAGGAGUACAGACAGAAUCCUAAAAAGAGUGUGAAACCAUGGCUAACCAAGGGUUUGGAAAAAGCUUGCAGUAAGAAAAAUAGGCUUUACAGGGAAUUUAUCAAGUAUAGAACAAAAGAUACGGAGGACAAGUACAAAAAAUAUAAAAAUAGAUUGACAUGUAUGAUGAGAUCACAAAAAAUAGACUAUUAUAAUCAGAUGUUACAGAUGCAUAAAAAUAACAUUAAAGCUACUUGGGGUGUGCUUGAUGAUAUGAUUAAAAAAUCCAGUAAAAAGGAUUUUCCAACAUACUGACAAUUCAGCUAUUAAAAAUAUAGAGGAAAUUGCUAAUGAGUUUGAUUAUUUUGUUAAUGUAGGCCCUAACUUGGCAAAGGAAAUUAAUCACCAUACGGAGGAGGAAAACAAUUCUGAUUCAGCAAUAAACAGCAACUCUAUGUUCCUCGGUGGAGUUUGUGAGAGUGAUGUGCAAGAAGUGGUAAGAAAGUUUAAGAAUAAGAAAUCAACAGAUAGCAAUACCAUUGACAUGCCAACUAUAGUCUUUGACUCUGUCCUCAAACCAUUCACUUAUAUAUGUAAUAAAUAAUUUUUAUCUGGUAUUUUUCCUGAUGGAAUGAAAAAAGCCAAGGUGAUACCAAUCUUUAAGAGUGGUGACAGACAUAUUAUAUCAAACUAUAAACCUAUAUCAUUGCUCCCUCAAUUUUCCAAAAUACUCGAAAAAUUAUUUGUUAAUAGACUUGAUGGCUUCAUUUAAAAAUAUGGCUUAUUGAGUGACCAUCAGUUUGGAUUUAGGAGCAACAGAUCAACAUCUUUAGCAGUGAUGGAUUUUGUGGAAAAUAUAGCAACGGCAGUUAAUGAUAAACAAACCUCAAUAGGUGUAUUUAUUGACUUACGCAAAGCGUUUGAUACGAUUGAUCAUUCACUGCUUUUACAAAAAUUGGAACAGUAUGGAAUAAGAGGUGUUACUAAUCAAUGGUUGAGAAGCUAUUUAGAUAAUCGGUUUCAAUAUGUAAACAUAAAUAAUACAGAAUCCCAUCUUAGAAGAGUGACUUGUGGUGUUCCGCAGGGUUCUGUAAUAGGACCCAAGUUAUUUAUUCUUUAUUUAAAUGACAUUUGUACAGUAUCUCAUAUUUUUAAAUUCGUUACAUUUGCUGACGAUACUAAUUUACUUUGCUCAGGGGACGACAUACAAGAAUCAAUGAUAACAGUUGAAAGGGAACUGAUCAAGUUAAAACAAUGGUUUGAUAGAAAUAAGUUGUCACUCAAUGAAAAGAAAACCAAAUUCAUGGUAUUUGGUAGUGUUCCUUCUGACUGUGAAAUUAAACUGAAUAUAAAUGGAACAGAAAUAGAAAGAGUAUAUGAAACAAAGUUCUUGGGUAUAAUUAUGGAUCAUAAACUCUGUUGGAAACCAUAUAUUCAAUAUAUUAAAGGUAAAUUAGCCAAAUCUGUGGGUAUUUUGUAUAGAACAAGUAAGCUGUUGAAUAGGAAAUGUUUGCAUAUUUUGUAUUUUUCACUUGUAGCGCCAUAUUUGUCAAACUGUGUUGAGGUAUGGGGGAAUGUAUAUAAAACAAAUAUAGACCCAAUCAUUAAAUUACAGAAAAAAGCUAUUAGAAUAAUAAAUAAAGCCAGUUACCUUGAAUCAACCAAUCCAUUGUUCAUUAAGUCUAAUACAUUAAAAUUUGUAGACAUGGUGUACACCAAAACUUUGGAAAUCAUUUUUUGGGCUAAGAGUAAAAGCCUUCCAGGUUGUACGUCUUUUUAAAACAAGACAAGGACAGUACAAUUUAAGAGGGGUUUAUAUUUUUAAAACAGAUAAAAAAGCAAGAACAAAUGUAAAAGCUAGAUGUGUUUCAGUUUGGGGAGUUAAGCAAUAACCUUAACGAAGGGUUAAAAUUGUGUAACACAUAGGUAAUAUUUAAAAAAACAUUAAAAAGCAAAAUAAUUGAGGAGUACAGCUUUGAGUAAAACAUUUUCUUUCAUUCUUUGUGUUUUGUUUUGUUUUUCUUUUCGUAGUGCAACAUAUUUUAAUGUUUUCUUUUUGAUAUUAAAGUGUUUUUCUUUUUUUAAUCUUAUUUCAACAUUAUCAAGUGUUUUAAAUAUUAAAAUGAUGUUUUAAGGAUUGUAAAGGAUAGGCAACUAUAAGCAUUGUGCUUCCGCCUAAUCCUUUUUUUGGUCAAGUUUAUAAUUCUGUUUGUUUCUCAUUUGUUGUUAUUGUGACCAAAAUAAAACCAUUCAUUCACGUGCCGAGCCAGAGAGGACGAGACUGAACAGGAACAAGAAAUGAUGCUUGUUUGCUAUUAUGGGGCUUGUGGACUACUUGUUGACUGCUCUGCCCCCCUAAAUCAUUCUGAUUUAUUCCUAAGUCACUGGAGAACUGAAAAAAAAAAAUAGUUUGAUUUGUUGUCCAGAUGAAAUUUUAGACUUUUAUAGCCUUCUUUUUAAAAAAUAUUUGUAGGCGGAAAUAGCAUAUUUAUUUUUCUCUUGUGUAUCUUUUCUCAGCAGAGCAAUUGGGUAAUAUUUGCAUCAUUUUAGACACUGGAUUUGAAAUCUGACAAGUCUUACCUUUCAGCAGAUACCAGUGUAGAUCUCUCCCUCCACUAAGUCCAGCUUGAGUCCUACCACAGAGCCAGCCUUUUUCACCAGUUUGUUAAGACGUUUUGCAUCUUUGUGUUUGAUGCUUCCUCCCCAGCAGACUGUAACGUAGAACAGAACACUUGCCACCACAGACUGAUAAAACAUCUGCAGCAUCUUACUACAGAUGUCUAUUGAUCGGAGUCUUCUCAGGCAAAAGAGGCGGCUCUGCCCCUGUCUGUAGAUGAAGUCUACAUUCUUAGACCAGUCCAACUUAUUAACCAGAUGUACACCUAGGUAUUUAUAUGAUGUCACCACUUCGAUGUCCACUCCACAGGUGUUCACUGGCUGAAGAGGGGGUUUGGAUCUACGGAAGUCUAUGACCAUCUCCUUUGUCUUUGAGGUGUUGAGGAGGGGGCAGAUUUUGUGACUCCAGUCACUGAAGGCUCCUAUUAAAUCUCUGUAUUCAGCUUCUUGUCCAUUUCUGAUACAUGCCACAAUAGCUGUGCCAUCUGAGUAUUUCUGGAUGUGGCAGGACUCAGUGUUGUAUUUGAAGUCUGACGUAUACAGUGUGAACAGGAAUGGCGCCAGCACUGUCCCUUGUGGAGCCCCUGUACUGCUCCUUGAUGUCCCAGAAACACAGUUCCCCAGCCUGACAAACUGUGGCCUUUCUGUCAGGUAAUCUGCGAUCCAGGAAACACAAGAAGGAUCCACUCCGUUCUCUGUGAGCUUGUCUUUCAGUAUGGUGGGUUGGAUGGUGUUGAAUGCACUUGAAAAGUCGAAGAACAUGAUCCUCAAAUAAACCUCAGGUUCCUCUAGAUGAGACAGAGCACGGUGAAGCAUGUAGAGGACAGCAUAAUCCACUCCAAUGUGUUCUUUGUAUGCAAACUGCAGGGAGUCCAGUUUGUCUUUGACCUCAGACUUCAUAAGGCGUAGAAUCAGCCGCUCCAGGGUUUUCAUGAUGUGUGGAGUGAGGGCCUUUUUCACCAGUUUAUUAAGAUGUUUUGCAUCUUUUUAUUUUUCUCUUGUGUAUCUUUUCUCAGCAGAGCAAUUGGGUAAUAUUUGCAUCAUUUUAGACACUGGAUUUGAAAUCUGACAAGUCUUACCUUUCAGCAGAUACCAAAUUUAUGCCUGUAGCCCUUAUAGUUUUGGAAGUACACACAUUUUUAUGUUCACAUGCACAACAAGAUUUUCUGGCUUCUGCCAAUUCCAAGCUGUUACUCUGAUCUCUCAAUCACUCAGGUAAGAAAGAUUUUCUGUUUCCCAUGUGAAUUAUUCAACCUACAUUAAUCAAGCACAUCUGGUGAUAAAAUGAAAUAUUUGGGGGGUGUUAUGUUGUGAUAUGACUAUUAUUGGUGAAGUGAUGCCACUGGGGGUGUGACUGCUGCUACAGCGCUAGCUAGGUUUGCUGAGACAAAUGAUGGGAAGGGAGAUUGAUAUUGUUUCAUUAGAGGAGGAGAUAGAACUGAAUUUGGUGAACUGAAACCACAAAAACAAUGAACCUGCUGUUACAAUGAUGUACUGCAAAUAUUAUGGGAGAAAGCCUAUAAAUGUAAUGCUGAUCAGGAUGAUAGUUGUGUUAGCAAAUGCUAGUCAGCAAGCUAGAAUGUAUAGAACUUUGUAGGCUUAUUCACAUUUUUAAAGGGGCAAGCUGCAUAUUGCACAUUCAAAUUAGCAGAUUAUUCUCACAACCAUUUUAAAAUACAUUUUAUCUCAGUGUUUCAGAAACUUGAUGGAUGGCCUAGGAAAAACAUGGCUACUGAAUCCAGUGAAGGUGACGAACACAAAAAGGUAAAAAAUGUGCUAUCCAUUGCACUACUAGGAGGUGGCGAUAUAAACCCUUUCUUCCAUCAAUCAUCAUGGGAAACAUCAACUCUAUGCCCAACAAACGCGAUGAGCUGGAGAUAUUAGUGAAGACUGAGAAAGCAUACCAUGAGUGCAGUUUCCUGUGUUUUACUGAAACCUGAUUAAAUCAAAACAACUCGGACUCCUGUGUGGAUUUACCUGGCUUGACUCUCAUAAGGUCAGACAGAGAUGCUUAAGCCAGUGGCAAGAAGAAAGGAGGAGGUCUGGCUUCAUUUGUCAACCAGAGAUGGUGUAAACCUUAACACAUAACUGUCAAGGAGAACUUGUGUUGUCCAGAUAUUGAGCUGUUGACAGCUGCUCUUCGGCCAUAUUAUGUUCCAAGAGAAUUUAGUCAUAUCAUAACAGUAGUUGUUUACAUUCCACGCAAAUCAACUGAAGAAUGUUGCGAUGUUUUGCAAAAUAGUGUUGCCAGGCUACAGACUCAACACCCUGAGGCACUAAUAAUAAUAUCGGGAGACUUCAACCAUGUCACCCUCUCCUCUCACUUGACUGGAUUCACACAGUUUGUGAACUGUCCUACCAGAGAAAACAAGACCCUGGAUCUGCUGUAUGCCAACGUCAAAGAAGCCUACAGAGCCACUGCCUUACCACCACUGGGCAAGUCAGAUCAUAACUUGGUCUAUCUGCAAACCUGUUACAGACCUUGUGUGCUGAGGCAGCCUGUGACCAAAGUCAAAAUCAGAAGAUGGACACCUCAAGCCAGUGAAGCUCUAAGGGACUGUUUUAAAUCAACAGACUUGGAAACAGAUGUGGAUAGUAUGAACAUUGACACACAGGUUGACUGCUUAACUGAAUAUGUCAACUUCUGUAGAGACACAGUUAUACCCACAAAAACUGUUCGUUGUUUCCCCAACAACAAACCCUGGAUCACAAGAGACAUAAAAGCAAUCCUUAACCAGAAAAAGAACGCUUUUAAAGAUGGUGACAAAGAACGACUCAAACAAGUGCAACAAGAGUUGAAGAGGAGACUGAAGGUGGCAAAGCUGGAGUACAAAAAGAAGAUAGAGAAUAAUCUAUAACACAGCAACAUCCGUGAAGUGUGGAGAGGAAUCAGUACCAUCUCUGGACACAGCAGUAAAAAGAAAAGACAGCCAGUGGUGGGUGAUCUGGAAAGAGCUGAUAAACUCAACCUGUUCUUCAACAGAUUUGACACCACUGUCACACCCACUUCCGCUCCUUCUCCACCUUCCUCUCCACAACAAAUCUCCUCUACAACUUCUCCCCUUUCCUCUCCAUCUCGUUCAAAUGUCUCAACCACUUCAACUGCCUCCCUCCUAGAACACCAGUCCUUGUCUGUCACCAAAACAGGGGUGAGGAUGGAGCUUGGAAGACUUUAGUCUGGGAAGGCAGCUGGUCCAGAUGGUGUGUGUCCAAGGCUGCCUAGAGACUGUGCUGCAGAACUGUGUCAACCUCUCCAAAGGAUCUUCAA